AUGAGUGUUUCAUCUGCUCCGGUACAGUAUGGAAUCGGUAAUGGAUACGAGACCGUGCGCUACCUGAUGCCCGUUCAGCAGGCGAUUCAGCAGCAGCAGAUGCAGUAUGUGCUGGUCAACCAACCCUCCCAGGUUAUGCAGCAGAUGGUGUCACCUGUAUGUUUGCAGAAUAUCCAGAGGGUCAGUGUAAAUAGUUCAGAACAAUCGGACAUCUACCGACAACAAAUUGUAGAGGUGAGUUUUACAAUACACUGUAUGAUGAAUAUUGAUUUUGUAAAGAAAUAGGCAUAGUGCCUAUAAGAGUAUAACAGUUUAACAUUCAAUAAUAUUAUAAAAUGUAUCUUAAGGACGUAGAGAACUGUUUACAAUUCGGCAUCAUCUCUUAGGCUACUUAUGAUCACUUGGGGACCUUAAGAGAAUCCACCAUCUAUGGGCAAAUAAAGAGAACAGCAUGUCAGUGCAGGUCCACAUGACAGGUCUAUCAUAAUCCGCCCAUUGUGUAUUGUCCCAACCAUUCGUUCUUUCUUUGAUGAUCCUGUACAGGAAAAGCCACAUGCUUGUUUGUGAUAGUGAUUUGGCAAUAAGGGAGCAACCAUUUGCUCCAGUAUAACCCUGCACCUGAGAAAAGCAAACAGAUGAAUGAAGCAUCAUUUCCUGAAUGCUUGUCCACAGGGUACUUAUGUUAUGGAGCGAGCCUCUCCUAGUCAAGUUCAAACCAGCUGCCACACCUUAUAAUAAAGCGACUUCUUAUGCCCCUCUGAUUCAACAGUCCCUGUCAUCACUCUAUCUGCAGCUGUGUUUCUCUUUGAACUUCUUCUGAAGUUCAUCUUCUGAAGUGCUACGUAAAUUGAAGUGUUUUUUCUUUAAGAUUGAAUGUGUAACGUAACUAAUUACAGUGGCAUGUCCAGAACAUUUUGAAUGGUGUUGCCAAGGUUGGGCACAGACCCAGUUUAGGGGGGCCAUAUCAUUUUGAACCUUAAUCGAUGCAAGGUGGAUUUUUUUCAAUAUAAUUAUGAUGGUUCAACGAAUUAAAAGAUUUGGUACAGUUCCCUGUUCAAAUACAUCAAUUUAAUUCCAAAAGUAUUGUUACAGUGUUUGCAUUCAAGGUCAGGAAUUGAUAUAAGGGUAUUAGCAUAAUGCGAAUCAUACCGUGACAUUCGGGGAGUCUCUAUUUUUUUUAAACGGGACCUCCUACGUAGUUGGUUCGUGCACACAAGCAUAAGGAGAGGGAUGAGGGCGUCGAGUUGCAGAAAAAGGUCUGUCAUCAUUGUCAAAAGCACAAGAGAUACAGGUGCUGUUAGAUUGCAAUAUAAUAUUUCUGCCCGUUUGGAACAGUGUAACAACACUAAAUAAAUUAUAAGUAAUACCAGAGAGUCUGUCAUGUAAAGCCUUUUAUUACAGCAUAGCAAAGUUGAAAAACAGCCGGAUUUUUGAAAUUGUUUUAUCCGACAUUUUGCGGUUGUAGUAGGAUAUUAAACAAACACACAAAAAUAGGCAACAGAAGCAGGAACAGAAGCAUAGUGCUGAUAGGACUCAACUCUGACUGAGGGCAGCAUCUAUCUGUAGUCUAAACUGGCACACAUUUUGGGAUUUUUCACACCCAGCUAUUAAACUAUCCUUUUGUAAAUUAAUGGAGGUGUGAAUGUUUCUGUCCAAGGCUCUCUUCUCUUGCACUAGAGUCCUGCAUCGGGCAAAAAAAUCAGCAGGUGGGUGGUUCCGGAGUUGAUAGAGAACUUGGGAAAAUACAAUGGCGCAAUUACACUUGACAGGAUACUUGUGCCUUACAGCCAUUACAUAAACGAAGAGUGGGUGUUAUCCACCACAGAGUGGGACAGUGCAGCUCAAAACUGCAGAUAACAUAAGGCCAGCUAUUGAGAAAAUAAUAGGAUACUAGGCGGUAACCCGCAAGAACAAUGUCUAAUUGCUGACACAAAAAAGCAAUGUUUGGGGGCGAGUGGAUGAGUGUUCCACCAACACACUCAUCCAACAUAUUACUACUUUAGUCAAAAAUUAUCUACAAAUGUUUCGCUAAACAAGUGGAUUAUUUAUCUUAAGGCUUUCCUAUUCUGAAUGAAUGAUUAUAUUGAAGAUAGAAGCUGCCUCUUAAUGAGUUCUGAGAGCUGAUCCAUUACCCAACAAAAUAACAUCAAUUUAUUUAACCUAAUUGUUUUAAUGACUACAGACAGUAGGUUAUUAUUCCUCUUUUCAGCAUUUGGCUAAAAAGAAACCAUGCCAUGAAUUAAAAACAAUAUAUUUUUAUUUUCACAAUGCAAUGCGACAAAUUGACAACUCAAAUCGCUUUAAAGAGCCUUCUAAUAUUAGACAACAAAUAAAUAUACUAAAACAAUAACUUCAAAAACAGUCCAUUCAUCACUGGAUUUCUUUAAAUUGCUGUGCAGGAAAAGGAUAUCAUCCACCGUGCCUGGUCGCAGGCUCGCAGCUGGCUUCUCUCUGAAACCUCAAAUCUAUCUGUAGGUGAACCAUACAAUUACCAAGUGGACAGUAGGCCUCUUGAAGCAUAGAGAGAAUCAACAAGAUCCACAAGUAGGGUGCUAAGGGGUAACUAGCCCCCUGGGGUAACUGCCCCCAGGGUAUCCUUUUCCUGCACAGCAAUUUAAAGAAAUCCAGUGAUGAAUGGACUGUUUUUGAAGUUAUUGUUUUAGUAUAUUUAUUUGUUGUCUAAUAUUAGAAGGCUCUUUAAAGCGAUUUGAGUUGUCAAUUUGUCGCAUUGCAUUGUGAAAAUAAAAAUAUAUUGUUUUUAAUUCAUGGCAUGGUUUCUUUUUAGCCAAAUGCUGAAAAGAGGAAUAAUAACCUACUGUCUGUAGUCAUUAAAACAAUUAGGUUAAAUAAAUUGAUGUUAUUUUGUUGGGUAAUGGAUCAGCUCUCAGAACUCAUUAAGAGGCAGCUUCUAUCUUCAAUAUAAUUAUUCAUUCAGAAGGUUAAACCCAUAGGUCUUAGGCCUGCAGUAAAUUACAUUUAUUUUUUAGGUUAUAAUAAUCCAUGCCUUCUGGGAAUGUUAUAAAGUCCAAAAGUUAUGGGUGGAGUUAGAAGUUGGCUGUCAGAAGUAUUACAAUGUAAAUUAACAUUUAAUCCGUCUGUCUGCAUAUUUCAAGACAUGGCAUAUAAGGGUGCAGUGAGAUACCGCAUUGGUUGGAUGAUACUUUUCUCAUCAAUCAUCUUGAAAAAACGUAUACUCAAUGCUUUAUUAUCCAAAUGUUGAAAGUGCAUGUGCGACAGAGAGAAACAAAAUGGUGCAGCUUGAGGCCAUGUGGCAGAGAGUGAUGCGGGCGCUGGAGAUGGGGGGGUGUGAGCAGGUGGGUCUUGGCAGGUGUGAUGUAGUUGUCGUUUGUAUGUGUAUGUUUUGUAUUGUCAAAAUAAUAAUAAUACAAUACAAAACAAAGGAAAAAUGACAAGCUUGCAACAUGCAUCUGAUUAUUCAUUAUGAAUAGGAUUUAUUUGAUUUAUUUCGUUUACAUUCUUCAUUGUAACCACAAUGUCACAAAUAAUUGAACACAUACACACACAACAUGAGCAGAUUAACUUGGUCAAAACAUUUCUUUAUUAAAGACGAUCAGAAAGAAUGUUGGUACUUAUUUAUUUUUAUCCAAAGCCACUAAUGAUUGAGUCACUCAGCUUUAUGCUGACAAAUAUAGCUUUAUGCUGAAAAAUAGCCUACUAAAUAGCCACGCCUAAACAAAUAUAUUAAAUUACCUAAAUAAAGUAGGCCGCGCGUAGCCGGCCGCGACCGGGAGACCCAUGGGGCGGCGCACAAUUGGCCAAGCGUUGUCCAGGGUAGGGGAGGGAAUGGCCGGCAGGGAUGUAGCUCAGUUGGUAGAGCAUGGCGUUUGCAACGCCAGGGUUGUGGGUUCGAUUCCCACGGGGGGCCAGUAUGAAAAAAUAAAUAAAUAAUGUAUGCACUAACUGUAAGUCGCUCUGGAUAAGAGCGUCUGCUAAAUGACUAAAAUGUAAAUGUAAAAUGUAAUAAAUAAAAUAAAUUAAGUAGCUCAUGUCUUGAAAAUAUGGGCAACCUUUUUCCUCUCCAGAAUGACGCAAUUUACCACAAUCUGCCACCAUCUACCAUAAACUGUCGCGACAUAAGCUCGAAACCUUUAAUUGAGGAACCACUGUGUGCAUGGGCAUUUUUUAUGGGCUUUAUAGUAAAGCCAUGUAAUUGAACUGUUUUAGCUUUUAAUGUGUCAUGAACACAACCAGUCAUGAUGUUUUCAUCUGAUUUGUCAAACAAAUCACUUCAAAAAGUAGGUUAAGUAGGUUACUUGCGCACAUUUGUCUACUCCAAAAUAAAUCCAGCAUCUGUACAGUGGGCUGUGCACCCGCCAUUUGAAUGGAAAGGGACAUCUAUUACAAACACCAUACGUGUAAUGACAUUCAGCCUACAAAGUGGCAUGUAUUCAUGGAUGCCAAGGGAAGCCAGUCUUUCCCCCCCAAAAAAUUACAAUAAAAAAUAAACAAACCUAUAAAAUGAUUUCUCAUUCUUGUCUAUCCGCGUUUCAUAAUUUUCCUUCAAUUGGCAAGAGGCAGCAACUACAGUGGAGAGAACAAGUAUUUGAUACACUGCUGAUUUUGCAGGUUUUCUUACUUACAAAGCAUGUAGAGGUCUGUAAUUUUUAUCAUAGGUACACUUCAACUGUGAGAGAUGGAAUCUAAAACAAAAAUCCAGAAAAUCACAUUGUAUGAUAUUUAAGUAAUUAAUUUGCAUUUUAUUGCAUGACAGAAAUAUUUGAUACAUCAGAAAAGCAGAACUUAAUAUUUGGUACAGAAACCUUUGUUUGCAAUUACAGAGAUCAUACGUUUCCUGUAGGUCUUGACCAGGUUUGCACACACUGCAGCAGGGAUUUUGGCCCACUCCUCCAUACAAACCUUCUCCAGAUCCUUCAGGUUUCGGGGCUGUCGCUGGGCAAUACAGACUUUCAGCUCCCUCCAAAGAUUUUCAAUUGGGUUCAGGUCUGGAGACUGGCUAGGCCACUCCAGGACCUUGAGAUGCUUCUUACGGAGCCACUCCUUAGUUGCCCUGGCUGUGUGUUUCGGGUCGUUGUCAUGCUGGAAGACCCAGCCAUGACCCAUCUUCAAUGCUCUUACUGAGGGAAGGAGGUUGUUGGCCAAGAUCUCGCAAUAAAUGGCCCCAUCCAUCCUCCCCUCAAUACGGUGCAGUCGUCCUGUCCCCUUUGCAGAAAAGCAUCCCCAAAGAAUGAUGUUCCCACCUCCAUGCUUCACGGUUCGGAUGGUGUUCUUGGGGUUGUACUCAUCCUUCUUCUUCCUCCAAACACGGCGAGUGGAGUUUAGACCAAAAAGCUAUAUUUUUGUCUCGUCAGACCACAUGACCUUCUCCCAUUCCUCCUCUGGAUCAUCCAGAUGGUCAUUGGCAAACUUCAGACGGGCCUGGACAUGCGCUGGCUUGAGCAGGGGGACCUUGCGUGCACUGCAGGAUGUUAAUCCAUGACGGCGUAGUGUGUUACUAAUGGUUUUCUUUGAGACUGUGGUCCCAGCUCUCUUCAGGUCAUUGACCAGGUCCUGCCGUGUAGUUCUGGGCUGAUCCCUCACCUUCCUCAUGAUCAUUGAUGCCCCACGAGGUGAGAUCUUGCAUGGAGCCCCAGACCGAGGGUGAUUGACCGUCAUCUUGAACUUCUUCCAUUUUGUAAUAAUUGCGCCAACAGUUGUUGCCUUCUCACCAAGCUGCUUGCCUAUUGUCCUGUAGCCCAUCCCAGCCUUGUGCAGGUCUACAAUUUUAUCCCUGAUGUCCUUACACAGCUCUCUUGUGGAGAGGUUGGAGUCUGUUUGAUUGAGUGUGAGAACAGGUGUCUUUUAUACAGGUAACGAGUUCAAACAGGUGCAGUUAAUACAGGUAAUGAGUGGAGAACAGGAGGGCUUCUUAAAGAAAAACUAACAGGUCUGUGAGAGCCAGAAUUCUUACUGGUUGGUAGGUGAUCAAAUACUUAUGUCAUGCAAUAAAAUGCAAAUUAAUUACUUAAAAAUCAUACAAUGUGAUUUUCUGGAUUUUUGUUUUAGAUUCCGUCUCUCACAGUUGAAGUGUACCUAUGAUAAAAAUUACAGACCUCUACAUGCUUUGUAAGUAAGAAAACCUGCAAAAUCAGCAGUGUAUCAAAUACUUGUUCUCUCCACUGUAGUUGCUGCCUCUUGCCAAUUUAUUUAACCAGAGAAAGCAUCCGAGCAAGGGAAACAGCGGCAUACUGAGAGACUGAGGAGUUAUUUGCAAAUUAUCUUUGUUUAGGUUAUUCUAUAGGUUAUAACAUUUAAAUGUUUUACAUUUAAGUCAUUUAGUAGACGCUCUUAUCCAGAGCGAUUUACAGUUAGUGCAUUCAUUUUAAGAUAGCUAGGUGGGACAACCACAUAUCACAGGCAUAGUAAGUACACUUUCCUUCAAUAAAGUAGCUAUCAGCAAAGUCAGAGCUAGAAAAGGGAGGGGGGUGGGGGUCAAGUGCAAUUGUGUUGGUUCAGGAUUAUGAGGAGGGUUAUUAUUUAAGAUAAUCUUUGAAGAGGUAGGGUUUCAGGUGCUUUCGGAAGAUGGGCAGGGACUCUGCUGUCCUAGCUUCAGGGGGAAGCUGGUUCUACCAUUGGGGUGCCAGGACAGAGAAGAGCAUGGACUGGGCUGAGAGGGAGGGCCAAGAGACCAGAGGUGGCAGAACGGAGUGCUCGGUUUGGGGUGUAGGGUUGAGCAUAGCCUGAAUGUAGGGAGGGGCAGUUCCUCUUGCUGCCUUGUAGGUAAGCACCAUGGUCUUGUAGUGGAUGCGAGCUUCGACUGGAAGCCAGUGGAGUGUGCGGAGGAGCGGGGUGACAUGGGAGAACUUUGGAAGGUCUUGGGAAGGUCACUGUGUGUUGUGACAUUGCAUUCAACAUAUUUUAAGAAGGCAAUGAAGCAUUCAUGAAGUCCAAGAUCAAAACGCUUCAGGGCGUACUACCAUAGACUUACUACAGGGAUUCAGUUGAUUUCCUUUCUCACUGAAUCACAUGGAACACAUCCAUUAAUCUCUACUGAUUGUCAGGUGCAUUAUGGGUGGAGGACAGAUCCAGGAGUUAUGUCUGCCAGCUUGAUGUUCAUAAUCACACCAUACCUAUGCAUUUUAUUGUACCUGGAAUAGGUGGGGAUUGAAAGACAGAAUUAUAGGUUUCUUACUUUCUUCAUACUCUAACUAAAAACCACGGCACUCUUCUGUGAAAGUUUCCUCUUAAAAAGGUAUUUGGAUUUAAAGUGGUGUGUCAAACCAAAUGUCAGUUAGCUUUGUUGCCCUGAGGGACCAAGAUAAUCACUAACCUUCUAAUGUUCUUUUUGCAUGAAUCUGGAAAAUGUAGGCUAGUUAGUAGACAGCUCUGCUUCGCGUGCACACAGGAACUUUCUCUCAUCUCCUAAAUUAGUUCACUUUGUGUUCUCAUGAAUGAAAUGAAAGGUGAUAUUGUCAUUUAUCAGAAUAGUGUGGCAUGAUUACAACCACAUCUUUAAAUUGGACCCCAAUCCAAAAUGGUAGGUCAGACAACUGAAGCAAGAGACGUGCCGAAACUUUGGUUAGGUACCCAUUAAAUUGUUGGGAGCAUAUUUAGAGUGUGCAAGUUUCUUUCUUUCUAUAUAGUUUACCCUCCGUCAGUCAGCACCUCUACAAACAUAGAAAUUAGCAAACAAGACACUAGUUUGAGAGGAAAAUAAAGUUUUCUAUGAAAAUUAUCGGAUUAUUUAGCUAUUGGUUUCUAGGAACCAACCGAUCAGAGACAGCAGAUGUAGGUGGGCGUGGCCACCCCCCCCGGUUUGCACACCUUUGAUGUUCAGAUGGGAACAGUAAUAGUUGGAAUAGUAACUGAAGUUUAGACACUGACUGUAGGCCUCACAUGUUGCCUAUUUUAAUAUUAACUCCUGCAGAAUUAAGUGUUUCUUGCUGUAAAAUUAUAAACCAAAUGUUAAUUUUGUCUCAGGAACAGGAGUGGAGAAAUAUUAUUUCUUUCUUUCAGCAUCUUGAGAGAAUGUGAAUGGAUGCGCAGUUAGGUACAGUGUUGUGUAGCCUAAGUAGAAGUGAAAAUGUUUUCAUCUACAUAAAAGGUGACAGUAUUUCAUUUUCAACACAUAAAAUAUACAUCCAAUGAAGGAUCGUUUUCACAGCUUUUAAUUUCCUUUAAAACCGGCCAAACUGACAUUUGGAAAUUCUGCACGGACAACCUCCCCGGUACCUAAAGGUCCUCACUCCGCAAGAGAAGCAGAAAUUAAAGAAAAAACUUUACCAAUGUCAACUAGAUUAUUGAUGAUGCAUUCAUUCUAUCGAUGUAUGCAAUUUUUCUGGCAAGGCUUUAUGUAGUAUUCUAGAGAAGGGGUUUUCAAACUUUUCUUUGCCUGGGCGGGUGACCCCCUUUCCCCAAAAAAUUCUGCCGCCCCUGCAACCUAUGAGUGCUUCCUGAAUGUUUGACAGCAGUUGUGUGGCCCUGGAGGCCGGGGUUUAAUUAGCCCUGUCUUAGAGUAUCCACGGUUGGACUGUUUAGACCCCCCCCCCCCCCCCCCCCCCCCCCCCCCCCCUUUGUGGAACCCUUGCAGUGCCUUUAGGGGUCUGCGAACCCCAGUUUGAAAACCUCUCUUCUAGAGCAACAAGUAGAGCAUUUCAGUAGAGUUAGUUAUCUGGUUAGAUAGAUCUGUUUCUGUUUUCGCUAACAGCAGAGUUGGAUCUGAAUACCAGGCAGAGAGUUACUAAAUAUGUAUUGUCAGGUACAAACAUGUAGUCUACUCUUUUAUAAAAACACCAUCAGGAAUGACUUUCAUAUUUUAUCACUGUUUGUCUUUAGGCAACCUGCCUGAGGUAACAUCAGGGGUAUAACAUCAAAACAUAUGGUGAAUGUCUAAGAGAUCAGUUAGCUAAGCAGCCUCUGUAGUGGCAUGCUGAUAUAGACUGAAGAAUGUUUCUAUGUCAAACUUGGGUUUUGCAAAUAGGCAGCAGCCAGUGUAAUUGCCAUUUGGAUGUAGACAGCUUCUCUCAGUCUCUGGCGUGUGUUCCCAUGCUAGACUAACUGCCAUUGGUCUGCAGCCAGCCCAGCGAUGAGAAUGACUGGGUUUGGCAUUUUAUUGGCACUCUGCUGCCCUUGAUGAUGAAGAUGGGACUACAACCUAGAGGGGUGCUGUACUCUUACCUCUAAUUUCAGUUGAUCGCUCGAGAACUGUUUAAAGGUGUGUGUGUGUGUGUGUGUGUGUGUGUGUGUGCAGGACAACUGGCCUCAUAAUGAUUAUUUUUUAUAUAGAUCCCUUUUAUUUGCAUAUAUCUGUGUCCUGUUUACCUUGUCCCUUCACAUUCCUCAUUCCUGUGAGGUCCCUCCAGUGUCACAUGGGCAGACUAUUAGAAAGUUCUACACAGGCAGGGUAAAAAUACCAUGUCUGUACUAUUACAGUGUAACACUGAUGCCCUGGGCCCUGGUUCACACACAGGGCCUUUAUAGAUAAGGCAAUGAAGUCUAAAAUGACCUGACACACUUCCAGGUGUAGCCAUGAUAAUGCAUUGCCUUUACGUAUUAGAUUACAGAUGGAUUGAUGGUUAAACAGGAUUCCUGUCUCAGAUUCUAUAAUAAGAUAGAUUUGUUCGAAGGGUUUUUUAUGCGGAUCAAAUUGUAUGUGAUACAAAGCAGAUACACGUGAGAUUUUCACUAGAUGUACGGUUGUGUCUGGGUUAGUAAGGGCUUUCUUAAGAACAUUUAGGAAUUGGAAAGAGAGUGUUGUGUUUUACUUAGGCCUGAUCAAUGACUAUAGGAUCAAAGUAGUCUGUGUUUAGUAAUUUACCACUACAGUAUAUAGACUAUAGUAAAUAAUAUGUAGUGCACACACAGAGACGGAAAGCUGGUUCAGUUCAGGUGUCAUUGAUAUGGCUGGGUGUGUAGUGGGGUUUAAGAUACAUUGACUGAUUUGGGCAGUCUCCUAACAGCAAUCCUAUAAUAAUAAUAAUAUAGCCCAUGUGCAUGCAAUCAAACACAGUAAAAUAUAAGUUUGUUUCUGCAUUCUUCUAUAGCACAGCUAACACUCUGCCUUUCUCUUUCUUUUAUCUGCUUCUCCCUGCUUUACCACAGUUUCUCCUGCUUUACUAUCACUCUCACUCUCCUAUAGCAUUACCUCAUUACAUUUACGUCAUUUAGCAGACGCUCUUAUCCAGAGCGACUUACAGUUAGUGCAUACAUUAUUCAUAUUUUUUUUUUUCAUACCCCAUGGGAAUCGAACCCACAACCCUGGCGUUGCAAACGCCAUGCUCUACCAACUGAGCUACCUCCCUGCCGGCCAUUCCCUCCCCUACCCUGGACGACGCUGGGCCAAUUGUGCGCCGCCCCAUUGGUCUCCCGGUUGCGGCCGGCUACAGCAGAGCCUGGAUUCAAACCAGGAUCUCUAGUGGCACAGCUAGCACUGCGAUGCAGUGCCUUAGACCACUGCAACACUCGGGAGACUAGUUGAACUCUUCUCCCACACACUCUCUGCAGCCUGAGGUCAUAACCCUGCACUUGUGCUCUGCUUCACUUGGAGACAGAAACAGGUUGAACUAUAUGGAGGCAGAUACAGGUUGAAAUAUAUGGAGACAGAUACAGGUUGAACUAUAUGGAGACAGAUUUAGGUUGAACUAUAUGGAGACAGAUAGGUUUGACUCAAAGGGUAUAUGCAGUAUAUUUUAUAAGGUUUGACUCAAAGGGUAUAUGCAGUAUAUUUUAUAACCAUGACCUUACGGUGUGGUAACCUAUGUGUAUUUGUAUAGAGACAGAAAGGUUUCACUCAGGAUAUAAAAUGUAUGCACUCACUAACUGUAAGUCGCUCUGGAUAAGAGUGUCUGCUAAAUGACUAAAAUGUAAAUGUAAUAGUCAUCCACACCACUGUGCUUGACCUUACUGCCUUUUAACUAGGUGGGGACAGAUAGGUUUGACUCAGUGCUAUGCCUGGGCAGCAGCAGUAAGUGUUUACAGAGUCUGUUGCGUCCAGCCUCAAGUGUUUCUCUGCUCUCCAAACCGGUUAAGUUGCAGCCAGCGUCAGGGACAGUUAAUCCAAGCCUGUCACCACAGCCUCUAUCUACCACCUCCCUUUCACUGGAGAAAUCACUGGAAUGUUUGUAUGUCAGACACACCCAGCUUGGACCCAGCCCAACUCAAGGUGUCAAAAAAUAAAUAAAGCAAACCCCUCCCCUAAUGUUACAGGAAGGGGUCGCAGUUCCGGAGCGACCUACUAGGUGUCACUCACAGUCUGGACUAAUCAUUAUCUUAUUGGUGUCACCUGUGUCUACCUGUUCACCUGUGUAUUUAUGCCCUCACUUCCCUGUGUUCCCUUGCUCAGUUUUCUCUGCUAGUUUCUCUAUGUCCAGCAGUACUAUGCAGUGUCUGAUCGGAGACCUAUAAACAGGUACUUGAGAAGUGUUCUCCCUGUUUCAUUAUUUGUCUCAGUCUUAGGUAGUAUUUCGUAUUUUGGCUGUCAGCCGGUUUUUGGAGACUUAUUUGCUCCGCUUUCUUUUAUCGUGAUAAGUCCGUUAUGUUAUAUUCUGGCUUCGGGACCACCAGUAAAGAUCCUUGUUUCACCAUCUCUGUCAACUGCCUACUGUAUAUCCUGCACCGCACCUGGGUCACACCUCACACCAACCCUUACACCCAAAGUAAAAAUGUUCACAUGACUCUCCCCUUGUACUGUACAUUUUUUUGCACACCCUCAUAGAAUUAACUCAAAAUAAUGUUAAUGACCACAAAUAACAACAACUGUCGUGACCUAUAAAUGUGGAUAUCGACUUUGCCACUUCAGCAUGCUUUUGUGGUACAGUCGAUGCCACGCAGAUUGAGGGUUCACCGACCACCACGGACGAGCUCACUCUCCCUGCCUGUUACAUUAGGCCUACACUACGAUCAGAGCCAGUUGCAGACAGUGAUCAGCUAGGUGGAAAUCAGAUUUUCAACAUUUUGAUGCCAUAUUUAUAAUUAUAUAAAAUACACUGAGUAUACAAAACAUUAUAUACAUGCAUUAUUUACAUGCUAUUUUCCAGCAACAGGUUUCUGUGCCAAUGCACCACACAACCAAUAAACAAAGCAUACCGACUUUGGGUGCUUCAAUAUCAUGGUUUGCGUUUUCAGCACCACGAUAAAUAGAUUGUCAAUCUCACCAAACAGAAAAUACAUCCCUUCCUACCUUGUAGAAGGCUUGGCUUGACAAUCUCUGAAUGUCAUUACACUUUUUGGUGUUUGUAUCAGAUUCUUUCCAUUCAUCAAAUGGCUGCUGCACAGUUUGGAUUGAUUGAUUGAUUUUAUUUGUCAGUAAAAAAAAAAACAUAUAUAUAUAUAUAUAUAUAUAUAUAUAUAUAUAUAUAUAUAUAUACACACAGUACAAAGAUUUUGAAAAGUGACCGGGAUUGCACAAUAACGCCGGGGACUUAUUUCCAUUGUGGUCCCUAUUUUCUUAAACAUAAAUACAUAUACACUGAGUGUACAAAACAGAAGGAACACCUGCUCUGUGCUCCAUGACUUAGACUGACCAAGUGAAUCCACAGGAAAGCUAUGAUCCCUUAUUGAUGUCACCUGUUAAAUCCACUUCAGUCAGUGUAGAUGAAGGGGAGGAGACAGGUUAAAGAAGGAUUUUUAAGCCUUGACACGAUUGAGAAAUGGAUUGUGUAUGUGUGCCGUUCAGAGAGUGAAUGGGCAAGACAAAAGAUUUAAGUGCCUUUGAACGGGGUAUGGUAGUAGGUGCCAGGCACACCGGUUUGAGUGUGUCAAGAACUGCAACGCUGCUGAGUUUUUCACACUCAACAGUUUCCUGUGUGUAUCAAGAAUGGUCCACCACCCAAAGGACAUCCAGCCACCUUAACAGAACUGUGGGAAGCAUUGGAGUCAACAUGGGUCAGCAUCCCUGUGUAACGCUUUUGACACCUUGUAGAGUCUAUGCCCCGACGAACUGAGGCUGUUCUGAGGGCAAAAGGGGGUGCAACUCAAUAUUAGGAGGGUGUUCCUAAUGUUUUGUACACUCAGUGUACAAUUACAUAGAUACAGACACAUUAAGGCCGCUACACUGUUUACAUGCGUAGAUCUACGUGCAUGUUCUUAGGUGGAGUCGUUUUUUGGGGGCAGUGGACACCUUCCCUUGCGUUCCACCCAGAGUGGAAGUCCACCUUGUGUAGUGUAUAACUACUAGGGGACUUGGGGUGCCAGGGUAGCUUACCAAGCAAGAGGGGCCGAGGUACUCUUUUUGACUCUAGCUAGCGACGACAUUUGAAAUUCCGGAUACGGUGUUAUAUGCCUGUUUACAAAUGCUAGCUAGCUAGCUAGCUAGCUACAGUGAGGGAAAAAAGUAUUUGAUCCCCUGCUGAUUUUGUACAUUUGCCCACUGACAAAGAAAUGAUCAGUCUAUAAUUUUAAUGGUAGGUUUAUUUGAACAGUGAGGGACAGAAUAAAAACAAAAAAAUCCUGAAAAACACAUGUCAAAAAUUUUAUAAAUUGAUUUGCAUUUUAAUGAGGGAAAUAAGUAUUUGACCCCUCUGCAAAACAUGACUUAGUACUUGGUGGCAAAACCCUUUUUGGCAAUCACAGAGGUCAGGCGUUUCUUGUAGUUGGCCACCAGGUUUGCACACAUCUCAGGAAGGAUUUUGUCCCACUCCUCUUUGCAGAUCUUCUCCAAGUCAUUAAGGUUUCGAGGCUGACGUUUGGCAACUCGAACCUUCAGCUCCCUCCACAGAUUUUCUAUGGGAUUAAGGUCUGGAGACUGGCUAGGCCACUCCAGGACCUUAAUGUGCUUCUUCUUCAGCCACUCCUUUGUUGCCUUGGCCGUGUGUUUUGGGUCAUUGUCAUGCUGGAAUACACAUCCACGACCCAUUUUCAAUUCCCUGGCUAAGGGCAUUGAAAGAUUUGACGGUACAUGGCCACGUCCAUCGUCCCUUUGAUGCGGUGAAGUUGUCCUGUUCCCUUAGCAGAAAAACACCCCCAAAGCAUAAUGUUUCCACCUCCAUGUUUGAUGGUGGGGAUGGUGUUCUUGGGGUCAUAGGCACCAUUCCUCCUCCUCCAAACACGGCGAGUUGAAUUGAUGCCAAAGAGCUCCAUUUUGAUCUCAUCUGACCACAAAACUUUCACCCAGUUCUCCUCUGAAUCAUUCAGAUGUUCAUUGGCAAACUUCAGACGGGCAUGUAUAUGUGCUUUCUUGAGCAGAGGGACCUUGCGGGCGCUGCAGGAUUUCAGUCCUUCACGGCGUAGUGUGUUACCAAUUGUUUUCUUGGUGACUAUGGUCCCAGCUGCCUUGAGAUCAUUGACAAGAUCCUCCCGUGUAGUUCUGGGCUGAUUCCUCACCGUUCUCAUGAUCAUUGCAACUCCACGAGGUGAGAUCUUGCAUGGAGCCCCAGGCCGAGGGAGAUUGACAGUUAUUUUGUUUCUUCCAUUUGCGAAUAAUCGCACCAACUGUUGUCACCUUCUCACCAAGCUGCUUGGCGAUGGUCUUGUAGCCCAUUUCAGCCUUGUGUAGGUCUACAAUCUUGUCCUUGACAUCCUUGGAGAGCUCUUUGGUCUUGGCCAUGGUGGAGAGUUUGGAAUCUGAUUGAUUGAUUGCUUCUGUGGACAGGUGUCUUUUAUACAGGUAACAAACUGAGAUUAGGAGCACUCCCUUUAAGAGUGUGCUCCUAAUCUCAGCUCGUUACCUGUAUAAAAGACACCUGGGAGCCAGAAAUCUUUCUGAUUGAGAGGGGGUCAAAUACUUAUUUCCCUCAUUAAAAUGCAAAUCAAUUUAUAACAUUUUUGACAUUCGUUUUUCUGGAUUUUUUUGUUGUUAUUCUGUCUCUCACUGUUGAAAUAAACCUAUCAUUAAAAUUAUAGACUGAUAAUUUCUUUGUCAGUGGGCAAACGUACAAAAUCAGCAGGGGAUCAAAUACUUUUUUCACUCACUGUACAUGUCUGGUGUUCUAUCCUUUCAACACUACUUUAAGGAUUUAACUAGCUACAGAAGCAGAAGUAAACAUGUCUGCCUCCAAAUUGGAAGAGUUUGAACUGCUCUUACUACUUGUGAGAAAAACAAACGAGGGAGAAAAUGGCAUGUUCGUCCCUUGAACAAUACAAGACGGGAUGAAGGUCAACAUGAUGCGACCAUAUCCAGGUACGAUAUUGUAAAUGCAUGUGACUGGUAAUAUUAUAAUGUGAAAACUAUGCUAAUGUGAAUAGAAGUUGUAAUGAUAUGCCUCACAUUAAAGUGCUCUGACAUCUCAGUAGGAGGAUGGGGGCCUGUGUCCAAAGUAUAGACUAUACAGUUGUUACAGUUCACAUUUGAUAGCCUUCAUGUUCCUGUUCAACACUAAUGACAUGCUUAUUCUUCUGGCCUUGAUGAUGCCAAGAAGAUUUACAACUACCGUCACUCAAGAGCCAGAAAAAUUUCAGAGAACUGCUUUGGCAUCCAUUCUUCGAGCCCUUGAGGUUGCCCCAGAGAAAGCUGAGACCCUCCACAACUACCUACGCACCACAGACACUGACAACACAGAGUCAUCGACACAGUACAUCAACCCCACGUUUGUUGACUACUCCGCACCCACUGGGGAACUGCAUCCAGGAGAGUGGAGACAGGUGGUACAAGAGGACACCGACUUCCUGGACCCAAGAAACAUGUUGGCAGACAGGGCAACUGGAGUUGCUAUAGAUAACAUUAAGGUCUACUUCCUCACACCAGCUGGUCGGGUGUCUUUUCCAAAAUAAUGUAUCUUUAGUCUCUCUGUGUUUCAUCAUUUUCCUUCAAUUCGCAAGAUGCUGAAUGUAUCUCACAGGAGAAGGCAUCCGAGCGAGCAAAACAGCGCCCCUCUGCCUCUCUACGUGUAGGCCAUCUAUCUGAUGCUGUCUGGUCCAAAUGAGUAUGACAUUGUUGCCGCCCGUAGCAUUGAAGGCAAGGGAAGCCAGCGACCAUCUGGCCACCCUUGAUAAAAAAAAGUCUAAAAAAUUAGCCAAUCAGCGUUGAGCUAAACUGAGCGAGCUCAACUGUGAAUGGUCCUGGUGAACCAAAAAAAUUGUCAAGGGAAGCUAGCUUGGAUUUGGCGUCACUCCUAUCAAAUCCCAUUGAGAACAUACGUCAUUGACAGAAACACCUAAAUUGUUGCAUCUCGUUGUGUUGUUGUCCUCCGGUGGCUAGCUAGCCAGCUAGCUAAAAUUGUCCCUUUCCUAAAUUAGCCAUGGAUGGAGAUAGGGAUUUGGACUUGUGGUUUUACUUAAUUCUCUGUACUGGCCAAUGAUUAUAACGGUGAUUCUGAUCCAACCAUUAAUUCAUACAUUGUUGUGCCUCUGCCCUGAGAGGAUGGAAGUUCAAUAUGUAGCUAGAUGUAGAAGGCUAAUGUUAACUAGCUAACAUUGCCCAUGAAUGGAAGUUAGGCUAGCGAGCAAGCAUUUUUUAGCCAGGUAGCCUAGGACAACAAAAACAAAAAGUGUGUAAAAGAGAGGAGGAUGGCAUUGGCGUUUCUCUACAAGUAGGGUGAGUCAACAUGUUCUUCUACUUGUACGAACGCACACCCGCACGCACACACGCACACACGCAUGCACACAGAAAUCAGAACCAUAGACAGCCACAUCAUAUUUAGCUAACAUUGAUUGGACUAAAUUGUUUUUGUUAUCUUUAAGUUGUCACUGUAUUAGACUAAGCAGAGGUGAUUUGAUGAUGUUGAAGUUGAAAUGGUGCUGGAAUAGUGGAGGCAACUGUUUUCUUUGCGACUUGCAGUAACUCUCUGUGGUUCUAAAUCAAUAGUUGUUUAGUGGUCCAAAAAUGUCGGAAACAUUAACUUGUUUGACCAUGUUGUCGGUCAUGUAACUGUCUGUUACUGUACAUGCAAUAUGCUUUGUGGACUUCACUGGACAGAGGUUGCUAUCUGGUUUUGUGAUGAAAAAAAAGGUGUGGUUGAAUUUAUUCUGCCACUAUGUCUUCUUAUUGUCUCAGCCUUUAGGCUUAUAUAUCACGGUCGCAAGGCGGGGGGGGGGGGGGGUCUUGGCUUCCCCAGUGAUUUUACCCACGCACCGCUACUGUUUCCAGGAUGCUGCUAUCACACGUGGCACCCUUCAGUAAAUGUGUGUGGUUUGGAAAACGUGCACAUAUGUUCUCUUCCUCUGGGUGACUGUGUCAUAGUAGGAUCCCCUUUCAAAAGAACUUGUGUUGUGAGCUACACACUUUUUGUAAACAUGGUGGUUUUCACUGGUUUUGUUGUUUGGAUUUUGCUGUUUUUCUUAUUCACACUUUUCAAAUCACAAUAAAGACACCAUAAAGACACACUUCAUUCUCAUGUUGUUUUUGUUUGUCAUAUAUUUUUCAAAGGCUAAUACAGACUACAGGGUUUUGUAACAUGUAACAACAGAAUUAUUGUCCGACAUUAAGGAUAGACCCCCCAAGACAUUACCCUCAUCUAAAUGGCCAUUUACAACCUUGUGUUACGUGUAAGUGUCCUUUAAACCAUUUCAAUGAGGACCUUCCUGCCAUGGUACAUGGGUGAGAAUGGCUGUCUAGCUGUAGACAAUAAGAACAUUUAACAUUUUUUUUACAUUUAGCAGACGCUCUUAUCCAGAGCUACUUAGUUUUAGUGAGUGCAUACAUUUUCAUACUGGCCCCCCGUGGGAAUCAAACCCACAACCCUGGCGUUGCAAACACCAUGCUCUACCAACUGAGCUACACGGGACUACACCAAGAACACACCAUCUACAUUCAAAGCACUACAAGCUUACUGAUUGACUGCUUCAGAAUACAGUAAUAUUUUCUGCCACAAGUAUAAAUAACCAGACAAAGACAUUUGCAGACCUUUUACUAGAAAUGUAUUUAUUUAAAUGAACAAAAUAUAACAAGGAAAAUUGUGCAAUGUAAAACACAGGGUGCAAAUAAGAAGACCAUUGUGCCAAACAAAAGGAGCAUUAGGAAUGUUGUGCAAAGGGGGAAUAUGAGACGGGGAAAUAAGACAAAAUCCACAAAAGCAAACCAGUAAAUUAGCCACCACCUUAAUAUGUGAAUGAUAAAAUAAGCCAAUGACCAACAAAAAAAACAUUCUAAAUACCCAGCAACGUAACUUGUGAAUAAGAGAAAAAAACAAUACAGAAAAACAUUUUUAACACCAACAUUUGUACAAAUGUCUUUAUUACACGGGUUCAGUUUUUGGGGUGAGACGGGGGGCGGACUCAAGGUACAGAUUGAUGAUCCUGAAAAAAUGCAACGUCAUUUCCCUGACAAAUGCGAUAUGGUUGUCAGGAGGAAGACACACUAUCCAUGGUUCAAUGGUGUCAAAGAGGGCACUUGCAGGACUCUGUCGCCGUUGCUAUAUUUCCUCCACCUGCUGCAUAAUUUCAGCUUCCAAAGGACUCUCGGCUGUCUUCCUCUACCGGCCACUGGAUCUGGGUCGAGCAGAUGGGGAGGAGGUUGAUGGAGUGCUGUUGAUGUGUGUGUGCAUGUGUUAAAUAAGUAUGAAUCACCUAACCUGUUGAAAACCAUAGCUUCCUAUUGGCUCAGUCCCCCUUUGGAAUCUGGCCUGACUGGCUGUGUGGCUCCUCCACUUUGAUAGAUCAGACAGGAAACACUAUUGCUCUCUCUCUUUCUACUGGCAGUGAAGCCAAAUGAAACCAACCUGAAACUCAGAUCAGGCCAAAUACGUACAGUUGAAGUCGGAAGUUUACAUACACCUUAGCCAAAUACAUUUAAACUCAGUUUUUCACAAUUCCUGACAUUUAAUCCUAGUAAAAAUCCCCUGUCUUAGGUCAGUUAGGAUCACCACUUUAUUUUAAGAAUGUGAAAUGUCAGAAUAAUAGUAGAGAGAAUGAUUUAUUUAAGCUUUUAUUUCUUUCAUCACAUUCCCAGUGGGUCAGAAGUUUACAUACACUCAAUUAGUAUUUGGUAGCAUUGCCUUUAAAUGGUUUAACUUGGGUCAAACAUUUCGGGUAGCCUUCCACAAGCUUCCCAAAAUAAGUUGGGUGAGUUUUGGCCCAUUCCUCCUGACAGAGAUGGUGUAACUGAGUCAGGUUUUUAGGCCUCCUUGCUCGCACACGUUUUUUUCAGUUCUGCCCACAAAUGUUCUAUAGGAUUGAGGUCAGGGCUUUGUGAUGGCCACUCCAAUACCUUGACUUUGUUGUCCUUAAGCCAUUUUGACACAACUUUGGAAGUAUGUUUGGGGUCAUUGUCCAUUUGAAAGACCCAUUUGCGACCAAGCUUUAAUUUCCUGACUGAUGUCUUGAGAUGUUGCUUCAAUAUAUCCACAUAAUUUUCCUUCCUCAUGAUGCCAUCUAUUUUGUGAAGUGCACCAGUCCCUCCUGCAGCAAAGCACCCCCACAACAUGAUGCUGCCACCCCCGUGCUUCACGGUUGGGAUGGUGUUCUUCGGCUUGCAAGCCCGCCCCUUUUUCCUCCAAACAUAACGAUGGUCAUUAUGGCCAAACAGUUCUAUUGUUGUUUCAUCAGACCAGAGGACAUUUCUCCAAAAAGUACAAUAUUUGUCCCCAUGUGCAGUUGCAAACCGUAGUCUGGCUUUUUGAUGGCGGUUUUGGAGCAGUGGCUUCUUCCUUGCUGAGUGGCCUUUCAGGUUAUGUCGAUAUAGGACUAGUUUUACUGUGGAUAUAGAUAAUUUUGUACCUGUUUCCUCCAGCAUCUUCACAGGGUCCUUUGCUGUUGUUCUGGGAUUGAUUUGCACUUUUCGCACCAAAGUACAUUCAUCUCUAGGAGACAGAACGCGUCUCCUUCCUGAGCGGUAUAAUGGCUGCGUGGUCCCAUGGUGUUUAUACUUGCGUACUAUUGUUUGUACAGAUGAACGUGGUACCUUCAGGCAUUUGGAUAUUGCUCCCAAGGAUGAACCAGACUUGUGGAGGUCUACAAUUUUUUUUCUGAGGUCUUGGCUGAUUUCUUUAGAUUUUCCCAUGAUGUCAAGCAAAGAUGCACUGAGUUUGAAGGUAGGCCUUGAAAUACAUCCACAGGUAUGUAUGCACUCACUAACUGUAAGUCGCUCUGGAUAAGAGCGUCUGCUAAAUGACUUUAAAAAAAAUUAUACACCUCCAAUUGACUCAAAUUAUGUCAAUUAGUCUAGCAGAAGCUUCUAAAGCCAUGACAUCAUUUUCUGGAAUUUUCCAAGCUGUUUAAAGGCACAGUCAACUUAGUGUAUGUAAACUUCUGACCCACUGGAAUUGUGAUACAGUGAAUUAUAAGUGAAAUAAUCUGUCUGUAAACAAUUGUUGGAAGAAUUACUUGUGUCAUGCACAAAGUAGAUGUCCUAACGGACUUGCCAAAACUAUAGUUUGUUAACAAGAAAUUUGUGGAGUGGUUGAAAAACGAGUUUUAAUGACUCCAACCUAAGUGUAUGUAAACUUCCGACUUCAACUGUAGAUAUUUCUAGAAUUAGCCAAGAAAUUACAGCAAGGGAUAUCUGAGACUCUUUCUUAAGUCCAUUCUUUUUUCUCUGACAUUUACCAGGCAAUAUAAGCUAUUGCCUACAAUGGAAUGAUUUCAUUUUCUUCCCCUAGAGCAGUGGGACUUAGCCGGGCCCCAUCUGUUGAGUCCUGAUAAAGUACAGCAAGCCAUUAUGGGGCACAACGAUCCAGUUGCUGAACCAACCCUUAUCUCUGAAUGGGUGAAGUUGAAAAUGUUGCCAGUGUCGUCUCAAAGGGCACCAUUUAAGUCUCCCUGGGUUGGAAAGCAGUAAUAUUUGAGGAGAGAUUAACUUCAAAUAGAGAAUAAAGGAUGUCCAUGAAGCACAACUUAAUACAACUUAAUUUACUGAAAAAAAUUUGCUUUGGUAAGCAAUGCAGAUGAGUGGUGUUUCUAGAGACAGUGAACAGUCCAUGUGAAGGGCACACACGAGUUGCUUGUCUUAACAUUGCAUAAGUGUUACGCAAGGGUUGGUUAACUUUAUGACUUGGCAUGUAGAAACCAUGUGGCCAUGUGCAGAAAGUCUAGGCCACAUGGUUGGUCUGUUGACUUUGUGGAAGAUAGUCAGGCUGGAUGGAAUCUUUAGUGGCAAAAUACCUGUUGAACCAAUUCAAAUCAACUAGCUACAGGUGCAGUUUUAGCAAUUAGAUAAUAAAAAACACAAGUAAUUGGUGAGACAACUUCCCAAAGUAUUCUGUCUGUUCCCCUCAGCCAGAAAAACAUCUGGAACCUGUAUCAAUUCUGAGAACUGCCAACCUGUCACAAUUUUGAAAUACUGCUGAAAAACAACAGAACAUGUUAAUUGUAACGAAUAAUCAAUCCUGGUCCUGGAGGCCAUGGAUCUGCCAAGAUUUAUUGGUCUCUGUCUGAUUGUUCAAGAGCAAUAUAGAGCCAGAGCCGUUGUCAGUCAUUUUUACCCAUUCCUACAUUCUGGCAACCAUGACUGUUGACAGCCAUAUACAGUGCCUUCGGAAAGUAUUCAGACCCCUUGACGUUUUCCACAUUUUGUUACGUUACACCCUUAUUCUAAAAUGGAUUAAGUAUGUUUUUUUCCCUCAGCAAUCUACACACAAUAACCCAUAAUGACAAAGCGAAAACAGGUUUUUAGAAAUGUUUGCAAAUGUAUUAAAAAUACAUAAGUAUUCAGACCCUUUGCUAUGAGACUCGAAAUUGAGCUCAGGUGUGUCCUGUUUCCAUUGAUCAUCCUUGAGAUGUUUCUACAACUUGAUUGGAGUCCACCUGUGAUAAAUUCAAUUGAUUGGACAUGAUUUGGAAAGGCAUACACCUGUCUAUAUAAGGUCCCACAGUUGAUAGUGCAUAUCAGAGCAAAAACCAAGCCAAGAGGUUGAAGGAAUUGGCCGUAGAGCUCAGAGAGAGGAUUGUGUUGAGACACAGAUCUGGGGAAGGGUACCAAAACAUUUCGGUAGCAUUGAAGGUCCCCAAGAAUAAUAAUAAUAUGCCACUUAGCAGACACUUUUAUCCAAAGCGACUUACAGUCAUGCGUGCAUACAUUUUUGUGUAUGGGUGGUCCCGGGGAUCGAACCCACUACCCUGGCGUUACAUGCGCCGUGCUCUACCAGCUAAGCUACAGAGGACCAUGAGAAACAAGAUUAUCUGGUCUGAUGAAACCAAGAUUGAACUCUUUGGCCUGAAUGCCAAGCGUCACUUCUGGAGGAAACCUGGCAUCAUCCCUAUGGUGAAGCAUGUUGGUGGCAGCAUCAUGCUGUGGGGAUGUUUUUCAGCGGCAGGGACUGGGAUCGAGGCAAAGAUGAACGGAGCAAAGUACAGAGAGAUCCUUGAUGAAAACCUGCUCCAGAGCACUCAGGACCUCAGACUGGGGCGAAGGUUCACCUUCCAAAAAGACAACGACCCUAAGCACACAGUCAAGACAACGCAGGAGUGGCUUCGGGACAAGUCUCUGAAUGUCCUUGAGUGGCCCAGCCAGAGCCCGGACUUGAACUCAAUCGAACAUCUCUGGAGAGAUCUGAAAAUAGCUGUGCAGCAACGCUCCCCAUUCAACCUGACAGAGCUUGAGAGGAUCUGCAGAGAGGAAUGGGAGAAACUCCCCAAAUACAGGUGUGCCAAGCUUGUAGCGUCAUACCCAAGAAGACUCGAGGCUGUAAUCGCUGCCAAAGGUGCUUCGACAAAGUACUGAGUAAAGGACCAUUGUUAGGGGGAGGGGCGCGCGUAGACAAGAUGGCGUAUUGAAUAGAAAGCGGUACAAACCACCUCAAGAUAAAAACAUAAUAUUCAAAAUCAGUAAGUUAGACUAAAUAUUAGCAUUUCAUAUAUUUGCAGUUAAUCAAAUUCAAUCUGGAUAAUAACACAAAAAAAAUCAUAAGGCUAGAGAAAUAUAUCGACAAAUAUUACAACAACACGCAACACCCAAACAUGGUGGAAGAUAAGCGAGGAGAACCGAUCCCCAAGAGGAAACGCGACUCGUCGACUGAUACAGAUGAUAUAUGCUUUUCACCACUGGGUCUGGUAAGUCUGGAAAGUGACCUGUUGAAGUCGAUAAAUGGCAAAUUGGGCAUACUAGAAUUGGUCAGUAAGGACGUAGAGAGUUGAAAGCGAGUCUUCAAAUGAGUGAUGAAAAAGCAUUGGUAAUGGAGAAAGAAACCAAAAAAUUAAAAGUGACAGUCUCUAAGAUGGAAACGGACGUUAGGGAACUUAAAAAGGAGAACAACCUUCUGAGAGAAGCCUUACUAGACAUCCAAACUAGAUCGAUGAGAGAAAAUCUAGUACUUACGGGUAUUCAGGAAAAGGAGGGAGAAAUAACCGAGAAUAUUAUGAAGGACUUCCUGCAUACAGCGCUUCAAAUCCCACUCGAGGCUGUCGAUAAAAUCCAACUCGAACGUGUACACUGUUUCGGAAAAAGAGGACAGAAAUAUGAGCGCCCAAUCGUUGCCAAAUGUGCAUUUUUUAAAGAUAAAGCAAUGGUGAAAAGCCUAGGGAAAAGACUUGCUGACGAAAAUAGGCAUGAAUGAUCAGUUCCCGAGGGAGAUUGCAGAAAGGCGCAAAGUUCUGUAUCCAAUCUUCAAGGAAAACAGAUUAAAAGGGAAACGUGUUGCACUCGUGGUGGAUAAACUGUAUAUCGACAACCAAAUGUUCAGAGACACAAAGACUACUCCAUGGCUAUUCUAAAAGUUGUAAUAGAGGAGUCGAAUAAUGGAGCACCCAAUACUAGCAAUGAUAGGGAUUGCAAUAUUAAAGAACAUUUAUAGUAAGUAUAGUAUUUUAUAAAAGGAUAAAACGAUAUAACAAGAAAAGAUAACAAGCAGAAUAAUACAUAUUUAAAUACAACUAAUUAGAACAUGUAUUUUAUGGCGGCCGGUUGUUGUUUUGGAGGAUGGUUGUUGUGGUUGGUCCUGUGUUCUCUCUGGCAUCCUUUCCCCCUUGCGGCAGGUGUGGAUGCGGGUGCGUUUGCACGCUCGGCCCAUUUCUUCCGCAGUCAACCAUGUGGUGUGCAUUUUUGUGUUUGGUAAGGUGCGGCAUUAAGUGAGUGAGAGGGGAAAUGGUUGCAUAUCCCAGAGCCGAUGGGGGUCUAUGAGCAGGGGUAGUGAGAGAGAGCUUUCAAUUUUGUGUAGAUGAGGGAUAUACAUUUUUAAAUAUAGUAUACAUCUAAUCAAAUUUUUUAUUGUCCUAUCAUGAUGGAAAUAUCCCUAACCCUAUAUCCUGGACACCCACCUGAGCGACCCAUACACCAAAGAGAAGUUCCCAUCUCUUUUAUGGACCUGCUGUGAGUAUGCAGCCUAAACAGAUAAAUAAAUGCGGUCAGAGACCUACUUGAGCAGCACCGCCCCCUCAAGAUUCUGAGCCUGCCUGGCAGGGUUGGUCCUACAAAGCCAGAGCCCCCUGAUAGGAGAGCAUUAAGCUGCUAAUGAGAACCUUGACGACCUUUCAUCUAGCCGGUGGGGAUUCCGAUGGGGUACCCCCACCCAGGUAGUGGCAGUGCUGGCAACACUGCAUUAACCCAUGGGGAGGGGGUCACACUCGGACAAUCAGAGAGGGGGUUUAUCAUUGUGGCCCAGGUGGCACAAAAUAAUCAAAGGUCUGACUGCAUGGAGAUGCUUGGAAAAAAUGGUUACAACAGGGGAUCAGAGUGUUUGUGUCUCAGGUGAAGAGGGUGGAUCUGAUCUCCAUCACCUAGGACUUGACAUAGAUUAAGUAGAUUAAUCAAAUCUCACAUUGUUGUCAAUUUCUGCUCAAUCUGCAUGCUUUCUCAAUCAGCUGUAACUGUAUGUGCACUCGUAAAUCAGGUCCUUUCUUGAGCUGGGCUCUGGGAUAUACAGUGGGGGAAAAAAGUAUUUAGUCAGCCACCAAUUGUGCAAGUUCUCCCACUUAAAAAGAUGAGAGAGGCCUGUAAUUUUCAUCAUAGGUACACGUCAACUAUGACAGACAAAUUGAGAAUUUUUUUUCCAGAAAAUCACAUUGUAGGAUUUUUAAUGAAUUGAUUUGCAAAUUAUGGUGGAAAAUAAGUAUUUGGUCACCUACAAACAAGCAAGAUUUCUGGCUCUCACAGACCUGUAACUUCUUCUUUAAGAGGCUCCUCUGUCCUCCACUCGUUACCUGUAUUAAUGGCACCUGUUUGAACUUGUUAUCAGUAUAAAAGACACCUGUCCACAACCUCAAACAGUCACACUCCAAACUCCACUAUGGCCAAGACCAAAGAGCUGUCAAAGGACACCAGAAGCAAAAUUGUAGACCUGCACCAGGCUGGGAAGACUGAAUCUGCAAUAGGUAAGCAGCUUGGUUUGAAGAAAUCAUCUGUGGGAGCAAUUAUUAGGAAAUGGAAGACAUACAAGACCACUGAUAAUCUCCCUCGAUCUGGGGCUCCACGCAAGAUCUCACCCCGUGGGGUCAAAAUGAUCACAAGAACGGUGAGCAAAAAUCCCAGAACCACACGGGGGGACCUAGUGAAUGACCUGCAGAGAGCUGGGACCAAAGUAACAAAGCCUACCAUCAGUAACACACUACGCCGCCAGGGACUCAAAUCCUGCAGUGCCAGACGUGUCCCCCUGCUUAAGCCAGUACAUGUCCAGGCCCGUCUGAAGUUUGCUAGAGUGCAUUUGGAUGAUCCAGAAGAGGAUUGGGAGAAUGUCAUAUGGUCAGAUGAAACCAAAAUAGAACUUUUUGGUAAAAACUCAACUUGUCGUGUUUGGAGGACAAAGAAUGCUGAGUUACAUCCAAAGAACACCAUACCUACUGUGAAGCAUGGGGGUGGAAACAUCAUGCUUUGGGGCUGUUUUUCUGCAAAGGGACCAGGACGACUGAUCCGUGUAAAGGAAAGAAUGAAUGGGGCCAUGUAUCGUGAGAUUUUGAGUGAAAACCUCCUUCCAUCAGCAAGGGCAUUGAAGAUGAAACGUGGCUGGGUCUUUCAGCAUGACAAUGAUCCCAAACACACCGCCCGGGCAACGAAGGAGUGGCUUCAUAAGAAGCAUUUCAAGGUCCUGGAGUGGCCUAGCCAGUCUCCAGAUCUCAACCCCAUAGAAAAUCUUUGGAGGGAGUUGAAAGUCCGUGUUGCCCAGCGACAGCCCCAAAACAUCACUGCUCUAGAGGAGAUCUGCAUGGAGGAAUGGGCCAAAAUACCAUCAACAGUGUGUGAAAACCUUGUGAAGACUUACAGAAAACGUUUGACCUGUGUCAUUGCCAACAAAGGGUAUAUAAGAAAGUAUUGAGAAACUUUUGUUAUUGACCAAAUACUUAUUUUCCACCAUAAUUUGCAAAUAAAUUCAUUAAAAAUCCUACAAUGUGAUUUUCUGGAUUUUUUUUUCUUCUAAUUUUGUCUGUCAUAGUUGACGUGUACCUAUGAUGAAAAUUACAGGCCUCUCUCAUCUUUUUAAGUGGGAGAACUUGCACAAUUGGUGGCUGACUAAAUACUUUUCCCCCCCACUGUAUAUAGGUUUUAUGUUGGGAGCUUUUGGGAAAGAGCACAGUUAGAAAGAUAUGGCAUAUAGAAGCAAACCGGAUGGACAUCAUGAAAAUGAUCGGAGAGGUUGACAGUAGAAGUUCAGGAGCAAAAACAAAUAAAAAGGAAUUAUUGUAAAAUUGACUGUGUCCAUAAAAUGUAGAUAGUAAGUAUAAGCUGUAAGUAGAGGCCUAAGCAUUGUUGUUCACUAAUUUACCCCAAGUAGGGAAAGGAUGGCGGGGUUGAAAAGUAAUAAAGGGGAGUAUACAGUGGGGAGAACAAGUAUUUGAUACACUGCCGAUUUUGCAGGUUUUCCUACUUACAAAGCAUGUAGAGGUCUGUAAUGUUUAUCAUAGGUACACUUCAACUGUGAGAGACGGUAACGAGUUCAAACAGGUGCAGUUAAUAAAGGUAAUGAGUUGAGAACAGGAGGGCUUCUUAAAGAAAAACUAACAGGUCUGUGAGAGCUGGAAUUCUUACUGGUUGGUAGGUGAUCAAAUACUUAUGUCAUGCAAUAAAAUGCAAAUUAAUUACUUAAAAAUCAUACAAUGUGAUUUUCUGGAUUUUUGUUUUAGAUUCCGUCUCUCACAGUUGAAGUGUACCUAUGAUAAACAUUACAGACCUCUACAUGCUUUGUAAGUAGGAAAACCUGCAAAAUCAGCAGUGUAUCAAAUACAUGGGUGAUUGGAAGUGAUGCGGACAAUUACAUUGAUGGAAGUUCCAAUCUAUCUGCAAUAUUAAGCUGAUCUACACCCCCCCCCCAAAAAAAACGGUGUAAAGAGUAUAAAUAGUUAUUUACAUCUGAUAUUUAAGUUUUUUUUAUUUUUAAUACAUGUCUAAAAACCUGUUUUUGCUUUGUCAUUAUGGGGUGUUGUGUGUAGAUUGAUGAGGGAUUUUUUUUUUUAAAUCCAUUUUAGAAUAAGGCUGUAACGUGACAAAAUGUGGAAAAAGUCAAGGGGUCUGAAUACUCUCCGAAUGCACUGUAUGAUAGACAUGACCUAGGGGAAAGAACUGUUGCAUGUCUUGUAUUAUAGCACUGUAGGGUGAUUGAUUCAAUAAUUGUAGAUGCCAUAUUGCCAUUUUAUGCCAUGGUGAUGGUGGUUAAGUCUCUCUCUUUUGCUUGUGACAGAUUGAUGUAUAAGUUUAAACUUUUCCCCUCUCUUUUUCCCCAGGAGGUAGAAGAGGUGGAGGAGGUUAAAGAGCAAAUGGUGAACAUCGUGAAGGAGAAUGUGGUGAAGAGGGUGAUAGAGGACGUGUCUCAGGUGGGGAUAAAGAGUGAGGUGAGGGAGGUGGAGCCUGUGGUGAAGAUGGACACACGUUUCUUCGGAGAGCUGCUGGCGGAGGUUUACAGGAAGAACUGUGACAUCCACACCUGCAUCUCAGAACACGUGGCCAAGAUACGUGGAAGGUGUGUUUUGUUUUUCUCAACAUAUAGCCAUAUUUAUAUAUAGCUUUUCCCCCCAGCUCAAAACAGAACAAAAUCAAUACGAAAGAAACAAGACAGAAACCGAAGGGAGAGGGUAAAUCUAGAUCCUACUGAGCUGACCAGACUAGGCUAUAGUAUGAAAUACAGUGCUUUAAAACUGCAAAACUUUAUUGCAUUAUUUGAGUUUCAAAUGUACAUUUAGGGGACUUUUAUAUGGGAAAUCUUUGUUUUUAGAAUUUUCUAAAUACUUUAAAUAUUAUACAUUUCCAUGUCGGCUCUAUGCCUGGAAAUGCCUGGAAAUGUCCGGUACAAAGGAUCCUAAUUUCAAACUCUAAAAAAGUGUUUUAAAAAAUGUAUUAACUGAAACAUGAUCUUAUGUCGUUUCUUGCAAUAGCCCUCUGUGAAUUUAAAUAAUAUUUAUCUCAACUGUGAUUCCUUAAAUAUGUGUCUGGAGAUUUGGUAAACUCCGUCAGAUUGACUUGGAAUGAGCAGGGUAAGCUAUACCAUAAGGACCCCUUACUAAUGUCCUCAUACAUGUAGAAAAAUGUUGGUCCCAUGUUUCAUGAGCUGAAAUAAAAUAUCCCAGAAAUGUUCCAUACACACAAAAAGCUUCUCUCAAAUUUGGUGCAAACAUUUGUUUACAUCCCUGUUAGUGAGCAUUUCUCCUUAAUAAUAAUAAUAAUAAUCCAUCCACCUGACAGGUGUGGCAUUUCAAGAAGCUGAUUAAAUAGCAUGAUCAUUACACAGGUACAGUGAGGGAAAAAAGUAUUUGAUCCCCUGCUGAUUUUGUACGUUUGCCCACUGACAAAGACAUGAUCAGUCUAUAAUUUUAAUGGUAGGUUUAUUUGAACAGUGAGAGACAGAAUAACAACAAAAACAUCCAGAAAAACGCAUGUCAAAAAUGUUAUAAAUUGAUUUGCAUUUUAAUGAGGGAAAUAAGUAUUUGACCCCUCUGCAAAACAUGACUUAGUACUUGGUGGCAAAACCCUUGUUGGCAAUCACAGAGGUCAGACGUUUCUUGUAGUUGGCCACCAGGUUUGCACACAUCUCAGGAGGGAUUUUGUUCCACUCCUCUUUGUAGAUCUUCUCCAAGUCAUUAAGGUUUCAAGGCUGACGUUUGGCAACUCGAACCUUCAGCUCCCUCCACAGAUUUUCUAUGGGAUUAAGGUCUGGAGACUGGCUAGGCCACUCUAGGACCUUAAUGUGCUUCCUCUUGAGCCACUCCUUUGUUGCCUUGGCCGUGUGUUUUGGGUCAUUGUCAUGCUGGAAUACCCAUCCACAACCCAUUUUCAAUGCCCUGGCUGAGGGAAGGAGGUUCUCACCCAAGAUUUGACGGUACAUGGCCCCGUCCAUCGUCCCUUUGAUGCGGUGAAGUUGUCCUGAAAAACACCCCCAAAGCAUAAUGUUUCCACCUCCAUGUUUGACGGUGGGGAUGGUGUUCUUGGGGUCAUAGGCAGCAUUCCUCCUCCUCCAAACACGGCGAGUUGAGUUGAUGCCAAAGAGCUCCAUUUUGGUCUCAUCUGACCACAACACUUUCAUCCAGUUCUCCUCUGAAUCAUUCAGAUGUUCAUUGGCAAACUUCAGACGACCCUGUAUAUGUGCUUUCUUGAGCAGGGGGACCUUGCGGGCGCUGCAGGAUUUCAGGAUUUCAGUCCUUCACGGCGUAGUGUGUUACCAAUUGUUUUCUUGGUGACUAUGGUCCCAAGACUUCUGGGCUGAUUCCUCACCGUUCUCAUGAUCAUUGCAUCUCCACGAGGUGAGAUCUUGCAUGGAGCCCCAGGCCGAUGGAGAUUUACAGUUAUUCUGUGUUUCUUCCAUUUGCAAAUAAUCGCACCAACUGUUGUCACCUUCUCACCAAGCUGCUUGGCAAUGGUCUUGUAGCCCAUUCCAGCCUUGUGUAGGUCUACAAUAUUGUCCCUAACAUCCUUGGAGAGCUCUGUGGUCUUGGCCAUGGUGGAGAGUUUGGAAUCUGAUUGAUUGAUUGCUUCUGUGGACAGGUGUCUUUUAUACAGGUAACAAGCUGAGAUUAGGAGCACUCCCUUUAAGAGUGUGCUCCUAAUCUCAGCUCGUUACCCGUAUAAAAGACACCUGGGAGCCAGAAACCUUUCUGAUUUAGAGGGGGUCAAAUACGUAUUUCCCUAAUUAAAAUGCAAAUCAAUUUAUAACAUUUUUGACAUGCGUUUUUCUGGAUUUUUUUGUUGUUAUUCUGUCUCUCACUGUUCAAAUAAACCUACCAUUAAAAUUAUAGACUGAUCAUUUCUUUGUCAGUGGGCAAACGUACAAAAUCAGCAGGGGAUCAAAUACUUUUUUCCCUCACUGUACACCUUGUGCUGGGGACAAUAAAAGGCCACUCUAAAAUGUGCAGUUUUGUCACACAACACAAUGCCACAGAUGUCUCAAGUUUUGAGGGAGCGUGCAAUUGGCAUGCUGACUGAAGGAAUGUCCACCAGAGCUGUUGCCAGAGAAUUGAAUGUUAAUUUCUCUACCAUAAGCCACCUCCAAUGUCGUUUUAGAGAAUUUGCCAGUAUGUCCAACUGGCCUCACAACCGCAGACCACGUGAAACCACGUCAGCCCAGGACCUCCCCAUCCGGCUUCUUCACCUUCGGGAUCGUCUGAGACCAGCCACCCAGACAGCUGAUGAAACUGUGGGUUUGCACAACCGAAGAAUUUCUGCUCAAACUGUCAGAAACCGUCUCAGGGAAGCUAAUCUGUGUGCUCGUUGUCCUCACCAGGGUCUUGACCUGACUGCAGUUCGGUGUUGUAAGCGACUUCAGUGGGAAAAUACUCACCUUUGAUGGCCAAUUGCACGCUGGAGAUAUGUGCUCUUCAUGGAUGAACCCCGGUUUCAACUGUACCGGGCAGAGAGCAGAGCGGUUGGCUGAUGUAAAUGUUGUGGCGGUGGGGUUAUGGAAUGGGCAGGCAUAAACUACGGACAACAAACACAUUUUGAUUUUAUCAAUGGCAAUUUGAAUGCACAGAGAUACCGUGACGAGAUCCUGAUGCCCAUUGUCGUGCCAUUCAUCCACCACCAUCACCUCAUGUUUCAGCAUGAUAAUGCAUGGCCCCAUGUCGCAAGGAUCUGUACACAAUUCCUGGAAGCUGAAAAUGUCCCAGUUCUUCCAUGGCCUGCAUACUCACCAGACAUGUCACCCAUUGAGCAUGUUUGGGAUUGCUCUGGAUCGAUGUGCACGACAGCGUGUUCCAGUUCCCGCCAAUAUCCAGCAACUUCGCACAGCCAUUGAAGAGGAGUGGGACAACAUUCCACAGGCUACAAUCAAAAGCCUGAUCAACUCUAUGCGAAGGAGAUGUGUCGCGCUGCAUGAUGCAAAUGGUGGUCACAGUAGAUACUGACUGGUUUUCUGAUCCACACCCCUACCUUAUUUUUUAAAGGUAUCUGUGAUCAACAGAUGCAUAUCUGUAUUCCCAGUAAUGCGAAAUCCAUAGAUUAGGGCCUGUUGAAUUAUUUCAAUUGACUGAUUUCCUUAUAUGAACUGUAACUCAGUAAAAUCUUUGAAAUUGUUGCAUGUUGCGUUUAUAUUUUUGUUCAGUGUACAUUUAAUUAAGUUUUAGAGUCAUAAAGCAACUGACAAAAACCAAGAUUGCUACUGUGUGUACCACUUGAAUGAAGAAGGAAAAAAAAUGUUUGUCAACUCCGCAAAACAUAAACUCUGUCAGAUUUUUAUCUAACGUCAACUCCAUCAAAGUGCUGAAAGAUCUGAUAGAAUGGUUUUGUUUUUAUUGGGGAUUUAUAAAUGAAUAAUUUUCCAUAUUUUACAAAUGGUUGUAUUGAACUUUUAUUUUUAGAGGCAGAAAUAUGUCUGUUUUGAAUAUCUGUUGUCAACUCCGUCAGUGGCUUGUCAACUGUGUCAUUGAUGGCUAACCCCCUGAAGAUCAUAUUCUUUUGUCAAUAUUCAAAAAAAAAUAUUUUAAUCACUGUUUUGCAAUAUAUGCUUAAACAAUUGAAGUGUUUGCUGUGCUAGACCUAAGGGAUAAUGUUUGCUUUAUAAAUGUUGUUCUAUAUUCCAAAUUAAAAAAAAAAACAUGCCAAAAUGCUUAAAGCAUUUGCCCUGGAGCAUUUAAUAGUGCUAUAAAACAAAACAAAAAUACGUUUGGAGAUUUUUAUUACAUAUUUGAAUAAUCUAAUGUUAGAAUUAAACAAUCAUGGUCUUUAAACACUUGUUGGACAAUAAUUGGUAUUUUACCAAAUAGGGCUAUCUUCUGUAUACCCCCCUUACCUUGUCACAACACAACUGAUUGGCUCAAACGCAUUAAGAAGGAAAGAAAUUCCACAAAUUAAUUUUUAAGAAGUCAUACCUGUUCAUUUAAAUGCAUUCCAGGUGACUACCUCAUGAAGCUGGUUGAGAGAAUGCCAAGAGUGUGCAAAACUGUCAUCAAGGCAAAGGGUGGCUAUUUGAAGAAUCUCAAAUAUAAAAUAUAUUUUGAUUUGUUUAACACUUUUUUGGUUACUACAUGAUUCCAUAUGUGUAUUUCAUGGUUUUGAUGUCUUCACUACAAUGUAAAAAAUAGUAAAAAUUAAGAAAAACCCUUGAAUGAGUAGAUGUAUCCAAACUUUUGACUGGUAGUGUAUAUUUCAAAUUUUGUCCGGUCUUUCAAGAAUACCUGACCUCAAAAACAGCAUUUUCACUCUGCCCCAUGGCAAAAAAACACACAAAAAACACCUGCAACUGGAAACUGACAUUUCUAAGAUACUUUUUUCACUGAAUCGAGAACAAAGAAAGUAUAGCCAAGAACAGGUUAGUUGAAUAAUCUAUGGCGGCAGUUUGUAUGGGGCUUUCCUGUAACGCCCAGUAAUGGACACCAAAAAUCUUUGGUUAUAUCACAUUAUCUACUGUACAAUCUGUAGCUAGGCUGCAUCAUGUUAGCUCCCCACUCAUGCUGCACAGAAGUUAACACACUUGAAUAAUGCAACACAGCAUGUAGAAAUGUUGCAACUGUUAAUUACUGUUCGCAAGACAAUGUCUAUGCAAGAAGAUACCGGUAGCUUCCAGUUUUGUAGGCUAACUUUCCUUGCUAGCUUACAGCUGAAGUCAACAUCAAUUCACUACCCUAGUACUUUGUUUGUGAUAAUAUGCAAACCAUAACACAAAAUAUGAGGAUCUCAAAGCUGAUUGUCACCUAAAAUCAUACAGUCAUUGCCAAGAACUUUAUUAAUUAACUUUGUGUCCUUCGCCUCAGUCACGUCUCUCCUCUCUCUCUCACUGUGUGUGUGAAUGACAUUAUUAGGUCUUAGAGACAGCGCACAAUUUUAUAAAAUAAAUGACGGCUUCUUCUAUGCAAAUGUUGUUGAUCAGUACAAUAAAAUAAGUUCCACAUGGAAAGGAAACAGAUUGUUUGUCAUCUGUAGCCCCAUGAAAUCAGCCAAAACAAGCUCAAUAACUCAAUACAUGCACACACUCCUAUUGAAUAUGCAUUCCCCUAUAUUGUGAAUAGGCCUAGCUUACAUCUUGAUUUACCCAGUUUAUCAAUAGAGAUUUACCAUUAAAUAAAUGAUUACCAUUAUGGUGUUAUGUUGUUAGAUUGGUAAAAACACAGUCAAAUUGAUUGUACAAUUGAUUCAUUAAUGCAUACAUGGCUGUCUCUGAAAAAUGUACAUAAAACAUUUCAAAUGUAAUGAUAUUGAACUCAAAAGACCUGCCUGGAUCAAGUGCCAUUUUGUGACUGGCUAAUAUGCCCUUUUUUUUGUUGCCGUGGUAUCGUUUUGGUAUCGAGUAUUGUGAUGGUAUCGAGUAUCGUGAUACUAAACCUAGUAUCUGUCACGAUCGUCAGGGAGAGACCAAUGCGCAGCGUGAUGAACGAACAUGAUUACUUUAUUUAAUUAAAGUGCACACACGAAACAACAAAACAAUAAACGACUCGUGAAGUCCACGGUAACAAUGACCGACAUGGAACAAAAACCCACAAACACAAAGUGAAAAACAGACAGUUAAAUAUGGCUCCCAAUCAGAGACAACCAGCCAACAGCUGACACUCGUUGCCUCUGAUUGGGAGUCACUCAGGCAAACAUAGAAAACAACAAACUAGAACCCCCAACAUAGAAAUAAACCACAUAGAAUGAACACACCCUGGCUCAACAUAUAGAGUCCCAGAGCCAGGGUGUGACAGUAUCGGUAUCGAUGUCAAAAUUCUGGUAUCGUGACAACACUAUUGUAGGGCUGGUUUCAGGGGCUGGUUCAGUAUUUAAAUCAUCUGUGUUAACUCUGGCUCUCCUGUUUCCUCAGUUUCACACUUGGUUCAGAAAGUCCCUCUAACUUAACUUGCCAGGCUAGGUCAUAAAAGACUGUCAAGGUGUGAGGCAGGUCGUGGGCUAAUAUUCUAACUGAGAGGCCCUAUAACUGAAUAUAAUAUAUGCAGUGCCUUCAGAAAGUAUUCACACCCAUUGACUUUUUCCACAUGUUGUGUUACAGCAUGAAUUUAAAAUGGAUUACAUUGAGAUAUUUUGUCACUUGCCUACACACAAUACCCCAUAAUGUCAAAGUGCAAUUAUGUUUUUAGAAUUUUUUACAAAUUAAUUAAAAAUGAAAAGCUGAAAUGUCUUGAAUCCGUAAGUAUUCAACCCUUUGUUAUGGCAAGCCUAAAUAAGUUCAGGAGUAAACAUUUGCUUAACAAGUCACGUAAUAUGUUUUAUGGACUAAUAAUAGUGUUUAACAUGAUUUUUGAAUGACUACUUAAUCUCUGUACCCCACACAUACAAUUAACUGUAAGGUCCCUCAGUCGAGCAGUGAAUUUCAAACAUCUUAAAAAAUGUUUUCACUUUGUUAUUACGGGCUAUUGUGUGUAGAUGGGUGAGAACGUUUAUUUUUGAAUCCAUUUUGAAUUCAGGCUGUAACACAACAAAAUGUGGAAUAAGUCAAGGGGUAUGAAUACUUUCUGAAGGCACUGUAUUCAUAUAUAUAUAUAUAUAUAUAUAUAUGCUGAUUUUGUACGUUUGCCCACUGACAAAGAAAUGAUCAGUCUAUAAUUUGAAUGGUAGGUUUAUUUGAACAGUGAGAGACAGAAUAACAACAAAAAAAUCCAGAAAAACGCAUGUCAAAAAUGUUAUAAAUUGAUUUGCAUUUUAAUGAGGGAAAUAAGUAUUUGACCCCCUCUCAAUCAGAAAGAUUUCCGGCUCCCAGGUGUCUUUUAUACAGGUAACGAGCUGAGAUUAGGAGCAUACUCUUAAAGGGAGUGCUCCUAAUCUCAGCUUGUUACCUGUAUAAAAGACACCUGUCCACAGAAGCAAUCAAUCAAUCAGAUUCCAAACUCUCCACCAUGGCCAAGACCACAGAGCUCUCCAAGGAUGUCAGGGACAAGAUUGUAGACCUACACAAGGCUGGAAUGGUCUACAAGACCAUUGCCAAGCGGCUUGGUGAGAAGGUGACAACAGUUGGUGCGAUUAUUCGCAAAUGGAAGAAACACAAAAGACUGUCAAUCUCCCUCGGCCUGGGGCUCCAUGCAAGAUCUCACCUUGUGGAGUUGCAAUGAUCAUGAGAACGGUGAGGAAUCAGCCCAGAACUACGCGGGAGGAUCUUGUCAAUGAUCUCAAGGCAGCUGGGACCAUAGUCACCAAGAAAACAAUUGGUAACACACUACGCCGUGAAGGACUGAAAUCCUGAAAUCCUGCAGCGCCCGCAAGGUCCCCCUGCUCAAGAAAGCACAUAUACAGUGGGGAAAAAAAGUAUUUAGUCAGCCACCAAUUGUGCAAGUUCUCCCACUUAAAAAGAUGAGAGAGGCCUGUAAUUUUCAUCAUAGGUACACGUCAACUAUGACAGACAAAUUGAGAAUUUUUUUCUCCAGAAAAUCACAUUGUAGGAUUUUUAAUGAAUUGAUUUGCAAAUUAUGGUGGAAAAUAAGUAUUUGGUCACCUACAAACAAGCAAGAUUUCUGGCUCUCACAGACCUGUAACUUCUUCUUUAAGAGGCUCCUCUGUCCUCCACUCGUUACCUGUAUUAAUGGCACCUGUUUGAACUUGUUAUCAGUAUAAAAGACACCUGUCCACAACCUCAAACAGUCACACUCCAAACUCCACUAUGGCCAAGACCAAAGAGCUGUCAAAGGACACCAGAAACAAAAUUGUAGACCUGCACCAGGCUGGGAAGACUGAAUCUGCAAUAGGUAAGCAGCUUGGUUUGAAGAAAUCAACUGUGGGAGCAAUUAAUAGGAAAUGGAAGACAUACAAGACCACUGAUAAUCUCCCUCGAUCUGGGGCUCCACGCAAGAUCUCCCCCUGUGGGGUCAAACUGAUCACAGGAACGGUGAGCAAAAAUCCCAGAACCACACGGGGGGACCUAGUGAAUGACCUGCAGAGAGCUGGGACCAAAGUAACAAAGCCUACCAUCAGUAACACACUACGCCGCCAGGGACUCAAAUCCUGCAGUGCCAGACGUGUCCCCCUGCUUAAGCCAGUACAUGUCCAGGCCCGUCUGAAGUUUGCUAGAGUGCAUUUGGAUGAUCCAGAAGAGGAUUGGGAGAAUGUCAUAUGGUCAGAUGAAACCAAAAUAGAACUUUUUGGUAAAAACUCAACUCGUCGUGUUUGGAGGACAAAGAAUGCUGAGUUGCAUCCAAAGAACACCAUACCUACUGUGACGCAUGGGGGUGGAAAAAUCAUGCUUUGGGGCUGUUUUUCUGCAAAGGGACCAGGACGACUGAUCCGUGUAAAGGAAAGAAUGAAUGGGGCCAUGUAUCGUGAGAUUUUGAGUGAAAACCUCCUUCCAUCAGCAAGGGCAUUGAAGAUGAAACGUGGCUGGGUCUUUCAGCAUGACAAUGAUUCCAAACACACCGCCCGGGCAACGAAGGAGUGGCUUCGUAAGAAGCAUUUCAAGGUCCUGGAGUGGCCUAGCCAGUCUCCAGAUCUCAACCCCAUAGAAAAUCUUUGGAGGGAGUUGAAAGUCUGUGUUGCCCAGCGACAGCCCCAAAACAUCACUGCUCUAGAGGAGAUAUGCAUGGAGGAAUGGGCCAAAAUACCAGCAACAGUGUGUGAAAACCUUGUGAAGACUUACAGAAAAUGUUUGACCUGUGUCAUUGCCAACAAAGGGUAUAUAACAAAGUAUUGAGAAACUUUUGUUAUUGACCAAAUACUUAUUUUCCACCAUAUUUUGCAAAUAAAUUCAUAAAAAAUCAUACAAUGUGAUUUUCUGGAAUUUUGUUUCUCAUUUUGUCUGUCAUAGUUGACGUGUAUCUAUGAUGAAGAUUACAGGCCUCUCUCAUCUUUUUAAGUGGGAGAACUUGCACAAUUGGUGGCUGACUAAAUACUUUUUUUCCCCACUGUACAGGGCCGUCUGAAGUUUGCAAAUGAACAUCUGAAUGAUUCAGAGGAGAACUAGGUGAAAGUGUUGUGGUCAGAUGAUACCAAAAUCGAGCUCUUUCGCAUCAAUUCAACUCGCCGUGUUUGGAGGAGGAGGAAUGCUGCCUAUAACCCCAAGAACAUCAUCCCCACUGUCAAACAUGGAGGUGGAAACAUUAUACUUUGGGGGUGUUUUUCUGCUAAGGGGACAGGACAACUUCACCGCAUCAAAGGGACGAUGGACGGGGCCAUGUACCGUCAAAUCUUGGGUGAGAACCUCCUUCCCUCAGCCAGGGCAUUGAAAAUGGGUCGUGGAUGGGUAUUCCAGCAUGACAAUGACCCAAAACACACGGCCAAGGCAACAAAGGAGUGGCUCUAGAAGAGGCACAUUAAGGUCCUGGAUUGGCCUAGCCAGUCUCCAGACCAUAAUCCCAUAGAAAAUCUGUGGAGGGAGCUGAAGGUUCGAGUUGCCAAACGUCAGCCUCGAAACCUUAAUGACUUGGAGAAGAUCUGCAAAGAGGAGUGGGACAAAAUCCCUCCUGAGAUGUGUGCAAACCUGCUGGCCAACUACAAGAAACGUCUGACCUCUGUGAUUGCCAACAAGGGUUUUGCCACCAAGUACUAAGUCAUGUUUUGCAGAGGGGUCAAAUACUUAUUUCCCUCAUUAAAAUGCAAAUCAAUUUAUAACAUUUUUGACAUGCGUUUUUCAGGAUUUUUUUGUUGUUAUUCUGUCUCACUGUUCAAAUAAACCUACCAUUAAAAUUAUAGACGGAUCAUGUCUUUGUCAGUGGGCAAACGUACAAAAUCAGCAUGGGAUCAAAUACUUUUUUCCCUCACUGUAUAUAUAUAAAGGUGCAUAAUGUAAUAAUGUAAAACUCACAGGAAUUUAAUGUAAAACUCAGUAAUGUAUAGGCCUGCAUAUUCCCCUUUCUAAAUACACCCGUAGUGUAAUCCAUCACUGUAAAUCCUGUAAUUAGUCACUAGACAUUACAACCGUCAGUCAAACCUGACCUCUCUCAUUUCUCUAAACUCUCUGUUUACUCAUAGUACCUGUGAUUCACUGAGCAAACACAUCCCUUUGUUCCCUUCUGCUGCUGACUCAAUGAUAACCUGUAUAGACUGGAGACAGAGAUGGUUUAUUCAAUCUAAUUGUGUGUUUGUCAUGCCCUGUAAUGUGUUUACCUUUCCAUCUCUCUCCCAGGAAACACCUCUUAGAUCCCAGUAAUGACUACAAGGUACAGCAGGGAGGGGUGACCAAUGGUUUUACAUAUCAUAUUAGUCUUGUACUGUUUAAAUUGCUGUACAGUAGCUAUUUAUAUAUGCUGGAAGUGAAAGUAUGAAAUGAAAGUAACCAUUUGAUGCUCACGUGUGUAUUCAGGUAGAGAGAGAGGACAUUGAGGCCCUGAUCCCCAAAGGAGCAUCUGAGCUGACCAAACAGCAGAUCCGCUACCUGCUGCAGGUAACACCAGGGGCAGACUGGGACAAAAAUUCAGCCCUGGCAUUUCAAUCACUGCGCCUGCUACUUACACACCCAGGCAGUAAUUCUACUGACACAUAACAUAGGCAACUUUACUCUACCAGUGACCGGUGAAACAUAGUCCUCCUCCUUUUUUAACCAGCUCAUGUUUAAGACAAGUACAACAUGUAAAAGCACCACUGGAAACACAACUCACCACUUUAACUGUGCCUCUGUUGCCUCCCUGUUGUGCUGUCUGUCUCUGCAUCUUCUCUGCUGUCACUCUGUCUCUGUCUGUCUGUCUGUCUGUAUGUCUGUCGGUCUGUUCUUCUCCUUUUUCUCCUCUCUGUCACUCUGUCUGUCACUCCUAAGUGUUAAUUGCUAUUAAAUAUAGAGCCAACAUAUUAAGGAACUGGCAGUACAUCUGUGUCUCUCUGUUUUCUUCCUACCUCCACUGCACUCAUCUCUGAGCUACAGUGGGGAAAAAAAGUAUUUAGUCAGCCACCAAUUGUGCAAGUUCUCCCACUUAAAAAGAUGAGAGAGACCUGUAAUUUUCAUCAUAGGUACACGUCAACUAUGACAGACAAAAUGAGAAAAAAAAAUCCAGAAAAUCACAUUGUAGGAUUUUUAAUGAAUUUAUUUGCAAAUUAUGGUGGAAAAUAAGUAUUUGGUCAAUAACAAAAGUUUCUCAAUACUUUGUUAUAUACCCUUUGUUGGCAAUGACACAGGUCAAACGUUUUCUGUAAGUCUUCACAAGGUUUUCACACACUGUUGCUGGUAUUUUGGCCCAUUCCUCCAUGCAGAUCUCCUCUAGAGCAGUGAUGUUUUGGGGCUGUCGCUGGGCAACACGGACUUUCAACUCCCUCCAAAGAUUUUCUAUGGGGUUGAGAUCUGGAGACUGGCUAGGCCACUCCAGGACCUUGAAAUGCUUCUUACGAAGCCACUCCUUCGUUGCCCGGGCGGUGUGUUUGGGAUCAUUGUCAUGCUGAAAGACCCAGCCACGUUUCAUCUUCAAUGCCCUUGCUGAUGGAAGGAGGUUUUCACUCAAAAUCUCACGAUACAUGGCCCCAUUCAUUCUUUCCUUUACACGGAUCAGUCAUCCUUGUCCCUUUGUAGAAAAACAGCGCCAAAGCAUGAUGUUUCCACCCCCAUGCUUCACAGUAGGUAUGGUGUUCUUUGGAUGCAACUCAGCAUUCUUUGUCCUCCAAACACGACAAGUUGAGUUUUUAUCAGAAAGUUCUAUUUUGGUUUCAUCUGACCAUAUGACAUUCUCCCAAUCCUCUUCUGGAUCAUCCAAAUGCACUCUAGCAAACUUCAGAUGGGCCUGGACAUGUACUGGCUUAAGCAGGGGGACACGUCUGGCACUGCAGGAUUUGAGUCCCUGGCGGCGUAGUGUGUUACUGAUGGUAGGCUUUGUUACUUUGGUCCCAGCUCUCUGCAGGUCAUUCACUAGGUCCCCCCGUGUGGUUCUGGGAUUUUUGCUCACCGUUCUUGUGAUCAUUUUGACCCCACAGGGUGAGAUCUUGCGUGGAGCCCCAGAUCGAGGGAGAUUAUCAGUGGUCUUGUAUGUCUUCCAUUUCCUAAUAAUUGCUCCCACAGUUGAUUUCUUCAAACCAAGCUGCUUACCUAUUGCAGAUUCAGUCUUCCCAGCCUGGUGCAGGUCUACAAUUUUGUUUCUGGUGUCCUUUGACAGCUCUUUGGUCUUGGCCAUAGUGGAGUUUGGAGUGUGACUGUUUGAGGUUGUGGACAGGUGUCUUUUAUACUGAUAACAAGUUCAAACAGGUGCCAUUAAUAAAGGUAACGAGUGGAGGACAGAUGAGCCUCUUAAAGAAGAAGUUACAGGUCUGUGAGAGCCAGAAAUCUUGCUUGUUUGUAGUUGACCAAAUACUUAUUUUCCACCAUAAUUUGCAAAUAAAUUCAUAAAAAAUCCUACAAUGUGAUGUUCUGGAUUUCUUUCCCUCAAUUUGUCUGUCAUAGUUGACGUGUACCUAUGAUGAAAAUUACAGGCCUCUCUCAUCUUUUUAAGAGGGAGAACUUGCACAAUUGGUGGCUGACUAAAUACUUUUUUUCCCCACUGUAUCUCUACUAAGCCUAGCAUCCUUUACCACACCACUGGUAACAGUGCCUGUAGUGGGCCCAGCAACAUCCUAGGGUAACACUUUAUUUUAAGGGUCCAUAAUAAACCAUUUGUAAGGCAUUAUAAGGCAUUUACAAACCAUUUGCUUACCAUUUAUUAAUCAUUACGCCCACAUUUGUAAAUGUUAGUAAGCUAGUUAUUCACACAUGUAUAUACACUGAGUAUACGAAACAUUAGGAACACUUUCCUAAUAUUCCCUUUUGCCCUCACAACAAUCUCAAUUCGUAAGGGCAUGGACUCUACAAGGUGUCGAAAGCGUUCCACAGGGAUACUGGCCCAUGUUGACUCCAAUGCUUCCCACUGUCAAGUUGGCUGGAUGUCCUUUGGGUGGUGGACCAUUCUUGAUACACACAGGAACCUGUUGAGCGUGAAAAACCCAGCAUCGUUGCAGUUCUUGCCACAAACCGGUGUGAAAUUUGGUCUAGAUGAUGAACAGGUAGCCUCAACUGCCGUUCAGACUUGCCGAGAUAAUCAGCAACCUAGCUAUCAGUGACCAGACAUUUUCAUGGAGACACACAGCAACUUAGCGCUCUGGGCCCGGUUUCCCGAUAGCAAUGCAACUUAGGCUUAGAAGGGUUUUAACAAUGCAUCAUUCCUACAACGGCCAAAGAUCCACAAUACUGACCACGGAUCAGCUCCUAGAGAGAUACAGUAUCACCUUAUGGCUGCAAAUAUUGAGGUGUCUUAUUCUAAUGCUUAUGUAGCCUAUAGGCCUGUUUAUGGUUUUAUGCAGUCAUCUCGGUUUUCAUUUGAAUCAUCUUUUUAUCCUUCGCUUGUUCAAUAUCAUAGACAUUGGCAACUUUGUAUUUGUAGUCAACUUCGUUACGAAGUUAUCGGCGGUCACAGAGAGACAGAUAAACAGCUUGAUUCAAUGUUAGCAGAGAUCUUCUGUGUAUAAAGUGGAAUGGAAGGGCAAAAACAAAUCUAACGAUGCACUUAGCUGUUCUAAAUAAAUAACGAGCGUUUUCAAGUGCAACUUUACUAACGAUGGUUUUGAUGUAACGAUGCUCCUACGAAGGUUCUAACGAUGAACUUAAUCUUAAAAUGAUUUUGGGAAACCAGGCCCUGGAUGACACAGCUAGAGACCAGUUGAAAAUGUUCCCCGUCUAUACAAAUUUCUGCGACGCGACUGCACGACAGGGCAGCUCUCGAUAGCAAGCUUUGAUAUUGGCUAACAACCAAACUGCUGUCAUGCUGUUUGAAGGAUAAAUUCACGAGGGGAGGUCUCAGUGACUUGAUCGCUGAUUAUCUCGACAAGGGUGAGUUCCUGGUAAGGAAAGAUUCUACACACCCUGGCCUGUUCAACCCUCUCUCAAUAGAAAACAUGUGACAAUGUCUAAGUGUCGGCAUUCAGUUAGUCUCCUGAGUGGCGCAGUGGUCUAAGGCACUGCAUCACAGUGCUAACUGUGCCACUAGAGAUCCUGGUUCGAAUCCAGGCUCUGUCGCCGCCGGCCGCGACCGGGAGACUCAUGGGCGGCGCACAAUUGGCCCAGCGGUCGUCCAGGGUAGGGGAGGGAAUGGCCGGCAGGGAUGUAGCUCAGUUGAUAGAGCAUGGCGUUUGCAACGCCAGGGUUGUGGGUUCGAUUCCCACGGGGGGCCAGUAUAAAAAAAAAAUAUGUAUUCACUAACUGUAAGUCGCUCUGGAUAAGAGCGUCUGCUAAAUGACUAAAAUGUAAUGUAAAUGUAAAUUACACUGGUCACUCAUAAUAUUUAUAAAGUAUAAAUAGCCCUCACUUUAGAUUAGGGGCUGCAAAAAUACUUUAAUAAUGAUUAGUAAAUAGUUUAUUAAUGUGGGAGUAAUGAUAAAAAUGUAUAAAUGCCUUAUAAAUGGAUUAUUACGGCCCCUUAAAAUAAAGUUACCCAUCCAGGUUGUGAAUUAAUAAACACAUAUAUUAGAGAAAGAAGAAAAUCACUGAAUAAAUGCCUUUAUAGAUGACCAUUGGCUUAUAUAAUACAUUAUAAAAGCCUAACUAUUCUGAACAAGGAGUAUGCUGAGGAGUAUUUCUAUUUUUAAUCAAGCCCUUUUGUGGGGAAAAACUCAUUCUGAUUGGCUGGGCCUGGCUCCCCAGUGGGUCGGCCUGGCUGCCAAGUGGGUGGGUCUAUGCCCUCCCAGGCCCACCCAUGGCUGCACCCCUGCCCAGUCAUGUGAAAUCCAUAGAUUAGGGCCUAAUUUAUUUAUUUCAAUUGACUGAUUUCCUUAUAUGAACUGUAACUCAGUAAAAUCUUUCAAAUUAGUGCAUGUCAAGUGUCCCCCCCCUUCCCACUUAGCUACGUGUUUAGAUAUUAGGCUACAUAUAAUUCAAUAGAAGAAAACAGAGAGCGAGAAGGAGAGAGAAAGACUGCCAGUUCCUUAAUGUUUUGGCUGCCAAUGGCUAUAUUAAGGAACUGGCAGUCUCUCUCUCUCCCUAUCUCUCAGUUUUCUUCUAUUGAAUUCAAUAUGACAGUCUAUGUUUGUCAAGAAUGAUGCCGGGAAUAGUUUAUAUGAAUGCAGAUAGAUUUCCAGCAUUGUGCUUCAUAUGCGUAUCUUUCUGCCAAGAAGUGACCGGCCUUUCAGCAAAUGAAAUAUGCGGGAGAUAGGCGGGACUUUCCUGCCUUCAGUGCGGUGGCUAUGUAAUGUAAUCUGACACUUGUUAGUCACUUGUUACUACAGCUCAUAAACUCACUCGCUGGGCUGAAGAGACUUAGAUUCAGAAGCAAAUAAACUUAGAUAAAACAAUUAAAAUACACAGACAGUCCCCGAAUAUACCUUUAUUGUAAUACAUGAUGACUUGUGUUUAGUAAAAAGCACUAUAUACAGAGUACGUGCCUAGUAGAUGGCUAUUGCCUUAACUAUGUGUUAUAAAAGCCAAUCUAACGACUUGUUAGGCUAUAUUGCAAGGAGCCUAGUGUCUAAAUAUUCCCCCGAAUCCCACUUCCCUAAUUAGCCUAUUAUAGUAGAUAUGAAAUAUAUUUCAUACAAUUUACAGCCAAAAUAUUAAGCCUAACAGGCAGCAGUAGGCUACAUAAUCUGUGUCAGUGUACAUGAGUGUGUAUUUCUCUGUUUUCUUCCUACCUCGACUGCACCACAGCAGCUGAUCUGUCAUUUCUCACAGACACAACACUCGGACCAACAGAACCAGAACUUUUAGAAAAUGCGUCGGCCUCGAGCCCUUUCCGUUUUUCUGUUUUGACUGAGUGACUGACAGAUUCAGGGCGGGUCUCACUCUCUGAUGAUGCGUGUUUGACUUUGAAUGUGAAUUUGCGCCAUCUCAGCUCAGCAAUCAGAAAACCAGGCAAGCCCAUCUUGGUAGGGGGGCCGGCCGUUGCCCACUGGUCAGUCAAAUGCUCAAUAUAGAUGUUUAUGACAACAGAGUUAUAGCGCAAAAGUCAUACAAAGAAACAGGCCCAUGGGCCACUGGCCGUGUCCAUUAUUUUUAAAAAUAUUUAAUACAGUGGGGGAAAAAAGUAUUUAGUCAGCCACCAAUUGUGCAAGUUCUCCCACUUAAAAAGAUGAGAGAGGCCUGUAAUUUUCAUCAUAGGUACACGUCAACUAUGACAGACAAAAUGAGGAAAAAAAAUCCAGAAAAUCACAUUGUAGGAUUUUUAAUGAAUUUAUUUGCAAAUUAUGGUGGAAAAUAAGUAUUUGGUCACCUACAAACACGCAAGAUUUCUGGCACUCACAGACCUGUAACUUCUUCUUUAAGAGGCUCCUCUGUCCUCCCCUCGUUACCUGUAUUAAUGGCACCUGUUUGAACUUGUUAUCAGUAUAAAAGACACCUGUCCACAACCUCAAACAGUCACACUCCAAACUCCACUAUGGCCAAGACCAAAGAGCUGUCAAAGGACACCAGAAACAAAAUUGUAGACCUGCACCAGGCUGGGAAGACUGAAUCUGCAAUAGGUAAGCAGCUUGGUUUGAAGAAAUCAACUGUGGGAGCAAUUAUUAGGAAAUGGAAGACAUACAAGACCACUGAUAAUCUCCCUCGAUCUGGGGCUCCACGCAAGAUCGGUCAAAAUGAUCACAAGAACGGUGAGCAAAAAUCCCAGAACCACACGGGGGGACCUAGUGAAUGACCUGCAGAGAGCUGGGACCAAAGUAACAAAGCCUACCAUCAGUAACACACUACGCCGCCAGGGACUCAAAUCCUGCAGUGCCAGACGUGUCCCCCUGCUUAAGCCAGUACAUGUCCAGGCCCGUCUGAAGUUUGCUAGAGUGCAUUUGGAUGAUCCAGAAGAGGAUUGGGAGAAUGUCAUAUGGUCAGAUGAAACCAAAAUAGAACUUUUUGGUAAAAACUCAAGUCGUCGUGUUUGGAGGACAAAGAAUGCUGAGUUGCUUCCAAAGAACACCAUACCUACUGUGAAGCAUGGGGGUGGAAACAUCAUGCUUUGGGGCUGUUUUUCUGCAAAGGGACCAGGACGACUGAUCCGUGUAAAGGAAAGAAUGAAUGGGGCCAUGUAUCGUGAGAUUUUGAGUGAAAACCUCCUUCCAUUUGCAAGGGCAUUGAAGAUGAAACGUGGCUGGGUCUUUCAGCAUGACAAUGAUCCCAAACACACCGCCCGGGCAACGAAGGAGUGGCUUCGUAAGAAGCAUUUCAAGGUCCUGGAGUGGCCUAGCCAGUCUCCAGAUCUCAACCCCAUAGAAAAUCUUUGGAGGGAGUUGAAAGUCCGUGUUGCCCAGCGACAGCCCCAAAACAUCACUGCUCUAGAGGAGAUCUGCAUGGAGGAAUGGGCCAAAAUACCAGCAACAGUGUGUGAAAACCUUGUGAAGACUUACAGAAAACGUUUGACCUGUGUCAUUGCCAACAAAGGGUAUAUAACAAAGUAUUGAGAAACUUUUGUUAUUGACCAAAUACUUAUUUUCCACCAUAAUUUGCAAAUAAAUUCAUAAAAAAUCCUACAAUGUGAUUUUCAGGAUUUUUUUCCUCAUUUUGUCUGUCAUAGUUGACGUGUACCUAUGAUGAAAAUUACAGGCCUCUCUCAUAUUUUUAAGUGGGAGAAAUUGCACAAUUGGUGGCUGACUAAAUACUUUUUUCCCCCACUGUAUUCAUUAUUUUCUUUGUCCAUUUUGACGGCCAAUCCGCCCAUGGACAACACAUAUUCCUUUCGUUGUUCCACUAUGCCUGAAACUGGCUCAUAAAACCUCACCUAACCUCCUAUCUCUCUCUGUCUCUGUCUCUCCUUUUUUCUCACUUUUCUUUCAUCAAUAUCUCUCCUUUAUUUUCUUUCUUUCUCUCUCGCUCUCCCUCCCUCACUCCCUCGCUCCCACCCUCUUUCUCCUCCCUCAUUCUCAGACCCGUUUGACAGCAGACAAGACCAUGCGUCUCCUUCUGACUACCUUCAGCAGUCUGAGGGAGGAGCUGAUCCACAUGUCAGAGGACCUGAGGGUAUGACCUGGGGCCUGGGCCCCUAUAGGAACCUCUUAUGCUCUUAUCUUAACUGUCUCAUUGAGAUAUACAUGCAGGCAGGCCAUCUUACAGUCUUACUGUCUCUGUCUCUUUUCUCCCAGCGUCUGGAGAGUGAGAAGCAGUCCCUGGAGAGAGACCUGAGCUUCAAGGCUGACCAGGCUGAGCAGUAUGACCGCCUCCUAGAGGCCAUACGAGAGAACAACAGACAGCUACAGGUAGGUGUGUGUGAGAAUUUGUGAGAGUGUGUAUGUGUGUGUCUUCUACUGUGUGUUUGCCUGCGUGUACACCUCCUCUGUAGGUGUUUUUGAAAGAGAGUAUCUCUGCCCUGUAUGUUAGUGCAAUGGGUGUAUGACUGUGUGAGUAACUCUAUCCAUCCAUCCAUAUAGAUAUCUCUGAAGGAAAGCAGCUCCAGCCAGCGGACCCUGGAGACUCAGCUCCUGAGCAGCCGCACUACAGACUCAGGCAGGGACUUCCGCAUCAAAGAACUGGAGGGCAGCUACCGAGCCAUGGAGAAGGAAAACGAGAUGCUCAAACAGAAGGUACUCUAACGCUACCCUCCUCCAUCUCUGACUCUAACCCAUCUCACUUCAGAUAAUAAAUUCUUAGCAAUUCGUCCUACUCAUGAUGACUGAACUCAUAGAUCGAAUUUCCUUAACUAACUUGUGUCUCCCUCUGUAUCCUUCUUCAUCCAGUUGGCUGGCCAGUGCAGCAGUAGCACCAUUCAGAUGAAGACAGAGGAGCUGUCACGUCAGUACUCGGAGCAGCUAGCUGCCCUGCGCCAGGAGAAGGACAAGGAACUGCAGAGCCUCAGGGUGAGAAGCCUACAGGGAUGCAUGGAUACAGGGAUGCGGCCUUCCUGCUCUGGUGGAAGUACUGUAGCAGUACUGACUGUGCUUGUGAGAAGAAAUAUGGGUAGCUAGUGGUUAUACUGACUGUGAGUGUCUCUGACUAUCUGUCUGUCUGUCCAGACCCAGCUGACACGGAUCACCACAGAGUACACCACAGAGAGGUCAGGUGACAAGAGCCUGCAGCUUCGCAUCACACAGCUGCUGGCAACACUGGAGCAGCGGGAGGUCAUCAUCAAACGUCAGGAAGAGGUCAGGGGUCAUAGCUACUGGUCACUGGUCAGCCCGGCCCCUUAGACACAGAUCUAGGAUCAGAUCUAGGAAAUGCCUACUCCUGUAAUUGGAAAAAACUAGAACCAAACUAACCUAACAGUUUUGGAGUAGAAAAACAGCCUGCUUCUAGGGUCUGUUCUCACCCUGCUUCUAGGGUCUGUUGCCUAAUUUGUUCCCAUAAUCAAGUGAUUGGUUUUGGUAAGGCCAGUCUGACUAUAUUCUCCCACAGUGGUUGUGAUAAUGUGGCUCUGAAGGAUCCUUUCAUUUCAGCUCAGGAAUGUAUUUACCUGACACGUCGUACACCUUUAGCUCCAUCAUUAACACCUGUUUUACGGCACAGGCCUCAUUCCUCCUCCUCCCUCCCUAUUCACCUUUGACCUCCUAUCUCUGACUUCUGACCUUUAACCUCCAGGAGAUUUGGCGGUUGCAGCAGGAGAAGAAGAGCGAAGGCUCCAGGAACGUCACCACGACCACUAUCACCAAAAGGUCAGCCCCCCACAAUACCAUGAGCCUAUUCUAUGGGGAAUAUUUGGGGUAGUAGCGCCCUUAAAAUGGGUUAAUGUAAUUUGGGAUGCCUCGUGUGGUAUUUCCCAAAACAGGAAUUUGUACUGGUGUACAGUAGGUACAUAACCAACCAGUAUGCGGUCCUUACUGUGUAUAACUGAUGUGUAGGUACAGGAACCAGUACCCUCUCCUGGGCCUGCUGACUGAUGACUACAAUUCCACAUCGCCCGUCAAGGAUACCAAGACCAUCGUAAUCCAGAGCCGGACAGGGGAGAUGAUCAAACAGGUAGAGUAG